CUUUGUGUGGCAGUAGUGAGCUGACGUCAGGUCGGUUCCUUGAAGUGGAGCUGAAUAAACCUUGAGAAGAGUCUCCUUCAAUCUGCUGUUAGUAACUAACACACACACUCACACACCGAGACUCAAUUACUGCCCAAUUCCCUUCUUUAUCAUUCGUCCACGACCUCUUUCAUAACCAAAAGCGACCAAGGAAAAAAAGAGGCGAGAAGAAGACCAAGCCGAGGUGUUAGUUGAACUAAAAACCCACGUUGGAAAUAAGUAAAGUGUCGAAACUAGAAAAAGGUAAGUGUUUUUAUUUCACUGACGCUGUUUUCCCCCCCAUCACAGAACAAGCGAUGAGCUACGUAGUGCUGGCUUCGCUUCUAGUUUCUUCGCUUUUUACCCCAGCUUGUGUUUGUUUUAUAGAUAGUUUCGUUGUUUCUCUUAUGCUGUAUUUCAUUCAGUGUGUGUAUUCCGUAGCGGUACAUUUGUGUGAAUCCGUAAAGUUUUUUUCUCUUUAAUUUUACAACGAAGUGUUUUUUCCUCUUCAGAGUGGUGACCUGAUAGGGGAAUCGUCUUUGUGUCCCUCUCUCGUUUUCUCCCUCGCACCGUUCGCUCAGGCUUGUUGUAUUUGAUAACUUGUCAAAUGGUUGAGAAAUGAAACUUUUAAGGGUUUCUGUGUGUUUUCUGUGUUGUUUACGGUUAGUUAAUGUGCAGUUGUCGGUUUUGAGAACGUAUUUGGACGUCGUUGUUGUUGUAGCCGUCAACGUAAAGGGGGUAAGUGCGAGGCACUGGGCAGCCGUUGGUCCUCGCUGCCCGUCCGUUAAAAUCCAUCCAGUUUUAAUAGUCCCUCGACGCGAAAAUAAAACAAUUAGUGACAAAUACAGAAAUAUCUCCUUUCGGUUCGGAUUAACUUUGACGUACAAUAUUCUUUUCUUUGCCCACAACGGGUAAGAGUUUUGUCGUGUUGCUUGUUACUUCGCUGGCCAGCCUGCCGGGGAGCUGCUGCUGUUGCUAUCGCGGUCGCUUCCUCAAACCGAGAGGCACGCAGGCAAGCUAGCAGCCGCUUGGUCGAGUUGUUGAAAUUUAUCCCUUUGUGUAUAUUACAAUAUCCUCCAUUUUUUCUGCCCCUUCCAAAACAACAAGCCUUUCGCCAUCUUGGUUAUUUUAAAUUCGCCCCCCCUCCCCAUUACCACAUCAAGAGCCCCUACCUUUCCUCUCUCUCUCAUACAGACAAACACACAUGCUACUUUAAAAGGAAAUGGAUCCACGUUUUUUUCGCAAGUUUUACAAAACUUUUAGACUACUUGGGAAAAAACGACAACUAGGAAGGCGUACCGUGUGCUGUUUUCGAUGGAAACGCAGGUGGUUAUAGAUCGUCAAGGAAGAUUUGAAUGCAGUUUUGUGAUUAAGUGAGGGGGCAUUUUAUGUUUGUGGCGUUGAAGAGCAAAUAAAAAGUGACGUAGCGUUAAAAGUCAGGUUUGUCAGUGUAAAAGAGACAGGAUAGCAAGUUACUGCCACCAUUAACCGCAUUUAUGUAAUCUAAAGCUAAUAUAUUGGCAAAUGGGAAAUAUAAGUUUGCUUAGUGUUGCUUUGUGUUUUAAGUGAGCUUGCAUGAAUGAAUGAAGGGGGGAAGGAAGGAAAGAAGGAGGGAAGGAAGGGAGAAUGAAAGGAGGCAUAUUAAUUACCAAGAACCCUAUCAAGGGAGGAACAGUCAAAAUGAAAUUAAACUGGAUAUCACCUCUAAAUAACGGUAAAUUACAGUGAUUAGACAUCCUUUGAAUUAUGAAGUAGUUUAUAAUUAUUUGAUUAAAAAGAAUGAAUUGGACUCAAUCCUUUCGUGGUAAAUAAGUAUGCUGUUUUCAACACAAAGUUGAACUGAUGAAUACUUGAUCAAUUGAUGUCUGAAAAACAUGCACACUCACACGAAUUCCUCAUAGUCCCUAAUGCACACACACAGUCUGAAUCACCCCUUACUGAGUUAUAAUAGUAGUUUGCAACAGUUAAGACACUGCACUCUUCGCAGAAUCACCAUGUGGCUUGAAAAUGUCAUCCAUCUUACAAAAAGGUGUUAUUUUAGCUGUUCUCUGCAUCAGAGUAAAACUUGAUCUCACUUUCUUCCCCACAUGUCCUGUAAGCAGCUUCAAAAAAGAAAGGGAGGGGAAAGAAAACAAACCAAACAAAUGCUUUGAAAUGGAAAAUCUGAUCAUUUCACCUCCCACCUCUUUUGUUUGCCCGUUUAUUGCUGCAAAGCUGGAGUGCAGAGGAGCAGAUGUUUAGCCAAACAUGAAGGCGCGGUGCCUCUGUCCUUAUGGGGAUGGCUCUCCCCUCCUCUCACUGCUGAUGCAUCGACAUGACAGCUGCUUGAUUUCAUGGAGCUGCUAAGAAGCCAUUAGUGGUAUCAGUGAAUUGAAACGGAACAGUGUCUCUCAGUUUUCCACCGCUAUUACAACUGUCUAUUCUCAGCAUCAUUUUGUGCAGAUUCACUUGAAUAUGUGUGUGUUCAUGUGUGUGUGUAUGCGCUGCAGCUGAACAUACAAACCAACAAGAAGUACUAAUAUAUUUGUGCAGUGUGUUUUACCAUAAUUUGGGAGAGAAUGAGCAAGAGUAAAAGUGGAAAAAAAGGGAACAAAUCUGUCAGAGUUUGUUUGCCAUGUUGCUUUGAAAUGAAAGCACACUGUGCUACCUCAAGCACACUCAAAUCAGAGAUGUCUCUCCUUGCCAGGCCAAGUAAAAAAAGAAAUCAACUCUCGGCUGGAGUUUCAUUCUCUCUCUCCUCCUCCUCUCUCUCUGCUUCUCUUCCUCUUGCUCAAAUUGGAACUGUUGUUUUUGAAGAGAUAAAGGAGGACUUCCGCUUGACUUGAACAUUCAGGAAUUAAGGAUAGACAUAGUUAAGCCCUAUUUGCAUGUCUACCAAAGUCACAGCAAACGGUUGCUAUUGACUAAGCUGAUUAGGUGAAAUUAGGUUCACGAGCUCUGUGUCUGGGGGUGCUGAAUCUGACAGAACUUGGACAGCUUUUGAGAAGACAAUCCCAUGAGCACACAUGGCUGUAUUCUCUAUAAUCCUUUACUAUUGAAUAUGGGUCUAUCUUUUUAUGUGAGAGAAAAGCCAUAGUUCUCUUAAAAAAAGGAAGUGAAGUGAGAUUUAUGAGGGGUGCAUGAUAUAUUGAUCAAGUCAUCAGUAAGAGCAGAUCCUUUCAGAAGAAUAUGUUACACUAUCACUUUGUUCUGUGAGUGAUAUCAUCUAAAUGAUGUCAGAUGUACCGGGCAUGUGAAUGAUUCAUCUGUUAAUUACAAGUGAAUAUGAAGUCUGCACCUUAAUUUAUUUUAUGCCACAACACAUUAUUCUGUUUAAUGUGACAAACACUUGGGCAAAGCUCUGAAGGUUUACUUGUUUGUUUAGAAACUUUUGGAGUAUAGUACCAAGAUUUGGUAUAAAAGAGAGUUCACCUGCUCUCGUAGGAAAUGCAGGGACCGAGAAAAUGAGACAUAAGCGUAGACAAAAGGUGUGCUCACACCCUGAAUGAUUGAGUCAUGACAACAGUUAAACAGAUAAACAACAGAGUAUAAUACUGCAACGUCUCAUUUUUAAAGAAGUGUCUUAAAAAGGAUCUCUGUUCAGAAAUCCUAAUAAAUAUUUCAACAUUGAGCAUUAAUAACUGAGUUUGUUGCAGAUAAGGCUUAUCACUGACUCUACAACCUUUUGCCGUGGCUACAGUAUUUUUGUGACAUCAUACAUUUAAAGAUAUAUGCUUUAGGCAUGGCCAGAGAGUGAUUUAACUGAUAUCGACAAUUUAUUUGAACUUGAGCUAAUUGUGGGCUAAAUGAAGUGCGAAUGACUCAGUCAGUGCAUAACUUUUAACUCAAAUAGUACACAACAACUGACGUAAGUAGCUUAUAUUUAGACCGAUUUCUCUGAUUAGACCUACAAUUGAUUGAUAAAAAUAGCCACCUGGGAACCCUGUCAAAGAGCCAUGAAAUACAAAGAGGAAGUAAAAGUCUGCUCUGUGAUAAUGAAACAGUUCAAGAACUGAACAUUAGACAGAGACCGGAUCACCCGUUCUCCCCAAGCCUUUCUUCAACGGUCAGCCAUUUGCAUAACUGUUCAUGCGCACAUGCAGAAAACAAUAACGACAAAGGACAGAACAUAGCAAGAAUCCGAGGACUUGGAUCAGAUUCUUUUGAUACAGACAUUAAUCCUAUCACCACUAAUGGCCUUUUGAGAAGAAGUGGUGUUUUAGCAAAAUUGCUGAAAGCUUCUGGGCAUUAGAUUGAUAAUGCCUCUUAUUGUUGCAGAUGAAAUCAGUGCUUCUGUGUAUCUGUUUGGGCCCUCAGUUUUAUGUGGUGUGUUUACAGGCCCAUGCAGGCAGCUCACGUAUUGAUACGUGUUUACAGGGCCUUGCAGGUUAAUGUCCUCUCAGCUGGAAAGUUGGUUAGCUCUCAGAUGAUCUACCUAACCUUAUGUUACCUUACUAUUUUAGUGUCACUGCCUGUUCACUGGAUGUUCUGAUAAGCAUCAGGGUACACAAUGAUUGUCUAAAGUGCAUGCUCAGACAGUGACUUUUAAAGUAACCGUGUCACACAACCUGCUUAUCUUUGAGCAUAAAUCUGCCUGUGUCUGCACAAUGAGAAAUACAGCUUUAUUUUCAAAGAGAAGCUAAUGAGAAAGGGCAACAUAUGCUCCCUGCUGUAAGAACAAAUUAACCAUCUUCAACUGUUAAUGAAGAUUUACAGCCCAACACUCCAUUUAUUUCUCUGCAUUUCUGCAUGGAUUUCAUAUGGUAGAUUAAUUACUAAACAAUAAUCAGUGUAAAGUGCAUGCAGGUCACCCCGUGUCGACUUUCAGGAGACGGAAGACAGAGCGGCCAAAUUUGGGAGGGAAAGGCGAUAAGCUGCUUCUUUGCUGCUCGUCCCCUGGGCCUCUAUUUAUCAUUCAAUGUGAGAAUUUCCUUGAUGAAAGUCAAGGUUGUUUGUGCAUGCUCUGUCUCGUUGGGAUGCCUGUUUUUCCACCAGCAAGGUGAAAAGGUUGAUUUUCUCCCUCCAAAGAGAGAUGCCUUGUUCGGAAAGUCCAGGCUAGUUUCUUUUAAUGAAGUCUCAAAAGGUCCUGAUGAUUUUUCCACUUCAGGGCUGUUUUUGUUUUGUUUUGUACAUUAGUGAGAAGGUGGAAAUACAGAUGUACUUUCAUGUUUUGUGAGCGCCAUAGAGCAGCCUGCAUACAAGUCCUCACAAUUCACUGUUUGUCUCCAUCACAUAUUCAUGUGGCAAAGAAGGUGAUCAGUCUAUGCGAGCUGAAAGCAUCCAUUCAACAUGUUCUUUAUGAAAACAGAAGACCAGAGACCUUGCAACAAAAUUUUGUCUUGAAUGUCUUAAAAGGAAUCCUCAUUAGUGCUAUGUUGCUCCGUGAAUGAGAGACAUUCAGACUAUCUUGAGUGGUUUAGAGGAAAUAUUACAAUGUUGAAAAUAAAGACAAAAUGUGCAGUAUAGUUUUUCUCCUUUCCUUUUUAGUUUUGUAUAGUUGUCCAUCAUUUUAUUUCUGCAGAAACAAGUUUAUGAAAAUGACAUCCAGGUCUGGAAAACCUGCUAUUUAGCUUGAUAUUUACCAAACCUUGACAUUCUCAAUCUGUAGCGGGGGGGCCUGCAUUUACACUUUUCUCUAGAUACACUCACGCUGGCUGCAUGUGCUCAGAUGAGAAAAGGAUACUGGAAUGGAAAAGAAAUAGGAAGAAGGUUUGGGAUGUGGGAAUGGGAAUGAUAUUGGUUUCUCUAUUGGCGUGCCUUCUGGGUCAGUGGGGUUCUUGAUGAUACUAUAGAAUAGCUUGUAGCAGGCAGGGGAGCUGUAAGCCUAGGUGGGUGUGUGGAUGCACGUAGACACACACACAUACUCGCACAUCUACACAGCCUUUCUGACAGAACACAGGCAUUUACGCAUAGGGACAGGGCUCUCAAACACACACACAUAUAUACACACACACAGACACACACAAAUGCAUGAGAUUGCGCCUCGACAGCCCCCAUUUAUUGAUCUUCUUCAGCAUUUAAAAUCUGGUCACUGCUGCCACAAAGGCUUUUUAUUUUAGCUGUGCUGGCAAAGACGGCUCCAAGCUAAGCCAGAAUUUUAAAUAUUUAACUCCUACAGAAUGCCAUGAGAAAUGACAAGGAUAGAGGAAAACAAAUAGGAAAGCAGUUUUGCACAGUGCAGUAGCUUUUUGCAUAUUUGUACCGAGCCAUGUUUCAUAUAAAUCAUGCUGGUACAAUCAGCUCUUACUGUGUCGGCUGUGUAAGAGCUACAGAUUGGAGUAAAAAAACUGCUUAUACAGCAGCAAUUUCUCCAUAUAGUCUCUAUCUAAAAAAAAGGAGCGUGAACCUGGAGUCUUAACUUUGCCCAGUACUAACCUGCCUGGCCUUACCUUGUAUCCCAGGACAGGCUGCAGUACUGGCAGUCAUUGGAUUAGUCACUACUGGACCUGGGACAUGCUGCUGUUUUUAGCUUUUUAAGUUUAAAAAUGGAAAGUCAUGUGUAGAGAAUGAUGCCUAAUCCACAGAAGCCCUAUAACACGUAGUCAUUACCAUCUAUCUCCCUGCCAGUGUUUCUCUUUCUCUUUUCUCACCAGACGCAAAAUAAGGUAGUAAAAAAUUAAUUCCUCCUUUUCUUCUUCGGAAAUGUGUUCACUUAGUCCCAGGUGGUGUAAAGGAAAUGAUCUGACUAGCUCUGUUCACACUACGUUUUCAAAUCAUUUGUCUUGAAAAGGUCAAAGCACAUUCAAGUGAUUUGGAAACCCUUUCAUACUGUGGUGAAAAUGUAUGUUUGGUGACGAUUACUUAUAACCCCUGGAGUUUCCUCAUCCAGCUCAACCUGCUGCUGUUCUUCUUCACUUGUCCAGUUACUAAAGCUAAACCUCGCUCAGUCUGUGGCAUUGUCCCGCUUUCCCUGCUUGUCUCUGUCUGUCUCUCUCUAACACAGUCUGUCUCUCUCUCUCUCUAUCUCUCUUGCCUGUGCUCUCUCUUACUGAACGAUGACACUGAGAGACAGCUGUAACGUGAGACGCCUCUCGAUCCUGGCAGGGGCUUCGAAAAGCCGAGGCAGAAGGGAGGGAGCGGGCCUUUAUCUGAGACUGGGGGCGCUGACCUCCCUUCAUUCUCCUUCUCCUUUUCUUUUUCCUUUCUCUUGCCUGUCUCUACGUCUGCGAGCAUAUCCUUUCCUCCCCCACCAGCCAAAGCCAAGACAGCACUAUUAAACAAGUGUAAUGCUGAAAUGCUGUCUUCCACAGAGCAGGAACCUGAUGAAUGAAAGAGGUGCAUGUUGCUUUUAAAUUGCUAACAUCUCCACAUCUUUUGGCUGACUAACAUGGAUGCAACUUAUGUUAUUUCUUCAGAGGGCUUACAGAACAGGGGUGACAUGUGUUAGUGAUCCCGCAGAAGGCCUCUUCUUGUGUGUUUGUGUGCGCUUGUGUGUUUGGAAGUAGAUGGAAACAUUCGCACACCCCGCGGACUCCAGGCUAUGGCUGCUAAAUCCUCUGUGAGAGCUCCCGUGUGUAAUCCAAACAUUUAGAGCUAAUUUAAGCAUGCAGGCAGGAGCAGCAUCCUUUAGGAAACAACAGCUCUCACUCUCUCUCUCUCUCUUCCUCUCCCUCAAUCCCUCCUCCAGCGAGUGUACAUGUGUGUGAAAGCGUGCGGUUGAACUAUAUGUGUCUGUGUGUGCACGUCUAGCUGUCGCUGCAGGGAAAUGAAAGCACUCAAUCACUCACCUGUCAGAGUACUUCAGAUUCUGUCCAUAACACACACGCGCGCACACACACACACACAUAGACACAUGGCCACACACUCACGGGCACAUAUGUGCGUACACACUCACCCCCGAGGGUUUGACAGGACUGGCCCUUUAUUGACUCCCUUGAUCAGGGAGACAGCAGAUCCAUUUAAUAGAAGCUGCACACACACAGGCAGGCAUUGAAAUCAAAGUGGAUUCACAUCUGCUCUCCACACAGCUCCACUGUAGCAUUUUCCGCUCACACACCAGAGCUGGUAGUCAUUUAAAACUGUGUCUACAGUGGGUGUUGAAUUAAAAUUCGAAAGCCAACCCUAAUAGAAGUCAUCUUGUAGAGUAUGCCAGCAGUUUUCUUGUCAGAGUUUCAACGUACUGCCCUGCUUUGGGUUUUAAACACAUCUUGUGUGAUUGUAAGGAGGGUCAAUAAUGUUAAUGUAAUCAUGAUACAAGCCUGGUCGGGGUUACAGGCUUGUUCUGUUGGCCUUGGCCCCGGUUCUUCCCCCAGUUGGCCGUGUUUUGUGCUGAGUGUUUUGGAAGGCCAGUUAGCCAAGAGGGUGCUGGGAGGAGAUGUGACAGCUGUGUUGGUCACGGCUACUCUGACCUUCACACAUCAUCUUGAUGGAUCAUCAGGGCAGUAACGAUACUCUGAACCUGUUGUACGGGCCUGUGAAAACUCUGAUUAUCCACCGGUGAUGAUCUGGUUGCAUACUGGACUCUUACUAUCGCUUCAGUUGUAGUUGUUCUGAUUUUUUUUUUCCUGCUUGAAUUUGUACUGUACCAUACUGUACCAUAAUCUAAACAAAUUUAACAGAGGAACAUACAAUAACUGACUUUUAUAGAUGUGAUUGAUAAUUUUUUUUUUUUGUUGGCCAGACUUUGGUUGGGUAUGUGUUGAACAAAUACAAAGAAUGAGUGUGAUAAAACUUCUUUAUUCGAAAUACUUGAGAUAAUUUACUUUAAAUUCAAUCAACUUAUUCUUUCAGUGCUAAAUCACGACAAAAUCUCAUUGCAUUGUAUAGUAUGCAUAGGCUAGGAAUAAGUGACAAUGUAGUUUAGAGUGGACCUCUUGAAAGUUUUCCUUGUCCUAUGUGUGCUGUUGAUUGUGUGAGGACUGUAACAUUUAAUAUGAAGCCACUGUAUUGAUGCUUUUUUACCUACUUAACUGUAAAAUCUAGGGUAUGAAUUGCGCCUUGAUGCAGUCUGUUUUGGGCCUCCAAAAGAGAAAAAUUGUAAAACUUUCUUCCUGCACAAUUAUUUCCUUGGGUCAGCAAACCCAGAGCAUGCCGUUUCUGAGAAGUCGAGUAGCCUUUUCUUGCAAAAUCUGUUUGCAAUCCUGCUAGCAACUAUUACAGUAGUUCAGCUCAGUCUACAUUAAUGCUGAGAGUUGUGAGGUACAGGCCCACUGCCUUCAGUUCAAGACUCAUCUCCCCUAGUCACCUGUUGUCCAAAGUUUAGGAAUGUUUUCCAUCAAACCAGUACUCCACAAAGUUUAAUUUCUUGGUAACAUACCAUAUUCUUUUUAAAUGCAUGUGGUAGGGUAAGGAAAGCUGCUGGUUUAGGUCACACCGUUGUAAGUUUCUAGAUGACCAAAAAGGGAAUUGAAUUGCAUUUUAAACACUUAUUUGUGUAGUAACAUUGGCUUUUAUUUAAACCUCUUACAUAGUCAACACUGAAGGUUUCAUAACCUAGCAAGACUUAAGCUAAGCGAGUACUGGUGGCUUAUUAGCUUGCAGCUUAUUUGGUUAUGCUGUGUUCACCAAAGCAUCAUGGGAACACUGUUUUCUCCUUGAACUGUCUCUCAGGUGUAAAUGUUUGCUUGCAGUGCAUUCAUUUUGUUAUGUGUUCAUCACUUAAGUUGCUAAAGAUCCUUCUUAUAAAAGCUGCUCUUGUUAAGGUCAUUUCUUUACAGAGCCAAAAAAUGACUGUUCCAGAUUGUGGCUUAGACUGAUUUACUUGCAGCUACCAAUCAUAAAAACUGAGUUUUACCAGUGACAUUUUCAGUUCUUCUAUUGGUGUUGGCACAGUUUUUUAUCAGAUGCAACAGUGGACAGUCCCCAUACAACAAGGCCAGAUUGACUGCAUCUCUGAAUGGGGAUAUAUCUCUCAAAAGAAAAAGGAAGUGUAUUGGCUAAUGCGGCAACGGGCUCUCUGCCAUUAAGAGAAGAGUUAUCAUGGCAACACAAAAACAUGAGUACAUACACGGACAAAAAGACAGAUGCACACAAUCCUGCCUGGUAUUUCAUAUAUAUAUUUAUAUAUAUUGCACCUCUCACAAAUGGAUUGCACUAAUGUUCUGAGCUUUUCGCCAGUCUCAAAGCGCUUUACUUUGUGUGUGUGCGGUGUAACCCGUUCCCUUGAGAUGCCACUUGCUCCAUCAAGUCAAGGAAGAAACCAUUUAGUGGAAUGACAAACACACACACACAACACAGCACCAGGAGGCUGGGAGGGAUUUGAAUUGCACUAACGUUUCUCACACAAAGUUCUUUAUUCCUCCACCCGCUCCUUACUUCGCCCUGAACAUACACUUACUCACAUACAAAGGUACUCGCACAGAGAUUCCAUUUUGUCAGCUUUCAGCCCCAGAUCAUGUAACAAUAAAAGAUGCUGCCCUGCAGUUAAACACUGCCAGUAAAUCACAGGGCAAAGAAAGCUGGGAGAAGCACUUAUUUUUAAGCAGCAUGAGAGACCACACUGGGGGGAAGGGGUUGAGACAGAUAGGGUAAGACAGAGAGAGAGAGAGAGAGAGGGGGAGAGAGAGAGAGAGGAAGAGAGAGCUUCUUUGUGCACUGUGUACUGGCAUUGUGUGUGAUGAAGAGAUGAAUCACUGCUAUUUAGGGAUUGGUUUCCUGCAACUGAUUGUGUGACGACUCGGUGGCGGACAGACUGUCAAGACUUGCCUGUUUUGUUCUGGGGGCUUCAGGAAAAUGUCUGUGGCCAAGUCUCGCUCGCUCACUCCCACAGGGCCCCGUGUGCAAGAGAUCAACUGAGACAACAGAGACAAACACCUCACCAGUGUCGCUCUUCUAACAAGGCAUCAAAUAUUCAAAAGCCAGGGAUUUUAGGCCAAUCUCAAUAUGUGUACUUUCAGAGUACACUUGUUUUCUUUGCUCAAAUACCAACAGUUUUUUUUUCUUUUGGAUUUUCUUUUGCGCAGAGGGUUCGCAUGAAACAUGGUGUGACCUUUCUUCUUCUUUCUUUCUCUAUCUUUCUCUCUUGUCUCUCUCGCUGUCGCUGGUACAAAAGUCUGACCCCUGUUUUUAACCCUGUUUAGAUGCCUCAGAGCUGCUGUUUGAUUCCUGAAGUUAAGUCAACAUCUGUGUAGCUGAGGAAAGGGGGGUAGAUUAAGGAAACCAAACAAGACAAUUCAGUGAGACAUCAUAACAGUUAGGUUGUACUCUGCCCGUGUGUAAACUUGCCUGGAGUGUAAAAGCGGGUAAUUAUAACUUUGCAAAUAGUUCCUGUUUUUCCUUUUUUCAGUUUGCCUGUGUGUGUGUUUUUGCCUUUUAGGGUAUUACCAGUUAUGAUGGCUGUUAUAAAAAAAAGACAUUUGAUUGUUACACAAAAUUAAUAAGUUCACUAACAUAACUCAGGACAGGAAUUUGUUGUACCACUUCAGAGAGCUUUGUGUAACUCCCACAAACAUUAUCACCCAUUGUUUCUCAGGUAAAAGUCCUACUGAAAUUUUAAUGAUAGAGUGACAUUAUUCGUUCUGUUUUAUUCCUCUAAUGUCCUAAAAAUGAUCAGUUUCAAGGUUGCCAUUGCGGUGCACUUUGAGAAAUUGGCAACUGACUCAUGGAUUUCAGUAGGUGGCAAUCAAAACAUGACAAAUGACAUUAAUAAAGUACUGGAGUAUUUUCUUUGGGAACAUUUAAGGAUUAAAAAAAUGUUGAAUUUUCAUAAAAUGCAACUGCAGUCAAGAAUACAUGACUGUACAUUCUGCUACAUUACAUAUAUGUAGAAAAUACUGGUUAAUCUUUUUGAACUGGCAUACAGCCGAUCUCCUGAUUUUUAGCUCCAAAAUAAGAACAAUGACAAAAACCAACCAUUGAACAAAAGCUGCAACUAAGCAAGUACAAUCAAAGAUAACUUUGUUUGAAAUGUUCCUUCUGAAUUAAAACAAACAUUUAUCUAUAUAACUUGGCAUCCUUUCUCUGUCUGGAUGAGUCUUUGUAGGCUGUGGGGAAGUUGGUGUGUGAUAAACAGAGUUAAUAUUGAAAUUGAUGCUAAUGUUUAUCAUUUAAAAGAACUCAUACAUGGGCUUAAGAUAUGGCCAUGGGUGUUUAGUGGAGAAUUGCCAUCCCUCUCUGCUGUAGCCAUCAUUACAAUCACGGCCUAAUCUAAGUAAAGUUUGCCAUGUGUUUGUUCUGCGUUCAACCAUGGAGAUUGUAUUGGACAGCUAUGGUAUCGGCACUUAGCCAAACCACACUCAGUACAACACAAAGUUUGUCUCAAGAUCAGGCGUAACAAAAAAAAAAUCAUUUGCUGCCUCAGAGCAAAAGUAACAAAUAACAAGAGAUAUUCAAAAACAUUUAGUGGGGACAUAAAUGCAAUAUUUGUCUUAAAUUAAAAAGGGCAAAAGUCAUAAGUGACACAAAAGGAAGUGAGCAAGCUAGGAUACUUACGGGCAAAACCCACAGGCUCCGGAACGGCUCUGCUCCCCUUCGGCACGGCAGGCGGAUCAAAUAUGCAAGCACUAUAAUCAUUGUGAGUGAUUCCACAGAACCUGGUGGUGGCCAGAUCAGAUAUACUGAGGUGCAUCAAUUCAGUGUAGCACAGCACGGCAGCAGCGAAGUUGUAUGCAGUUACAGAGUAAAAUAUACAGUUAAUUUUGAAAAUAAAAUAAAGUCAUUCCAUUGAACUGUUUUUAACUUGAUGAUAGGGAGGUCAGAAAUAUGGGUCUAAAUACACCGCCGUUCAUAUGCACCAAUCGGUGGAUCUCAUUUUAUGACUCCCGGAGAAACACGCGAGAACUCGUGAGAUCUCGUGCAGUCUCGCGAGAAAUACCGUAUUCUCGCGAGCGCUUCUCCGACGGCGGCGGUUCGGAUCCGGACGCUGUAUGCUUGCGGAUAUGAACCGCCUGCCGGUGUUAUGCCGUAGAAUGCACCCCCUGCCGCCAAUCCACUCAUUAGCUUCUUAAAGUGGAGGAAUAUUAUUAUUAUUAUAUAAUAUAUAUAAAAAAACACAAAUAUUGGAUCAUGACAACACGUCAAAUGGAGCAGCAAACUUUCGUUCUGUGUUUAUGUCUCAAAAAUGCAUACAUAGAGGUGUACAGUAAGCUGUCACGGUAGAGAACAUUAUAUAUUCGGGACCGCAAACAUUCUCAGUCAGAGGGCUAUUGUUUUCGGCGAAUCAUUACAGGCAUUUGCUUUUGAAUCUAUCCAAUAGUAAGGAAAACUAGGAUUAUUUCGCUUUGUUGUGUUCUUCCAACCGCGCUUCCGUCAAGGGGUGCUUUCUACAGCAGGGGUGCAUUCUUCGGCAUAACACCUGUCCGGAGUGGGUCGGAGCCGUUCCGGAUCCAGUGGGAUCACACUCUACAUAUAGAGGAGAAAUACAGAGGACGAUCGCGGAACAACCGUGUACGUUAGCGGAUUGCAAUGCUCGUAGGAAAGCUAACAAUGAUAUUAACUUUCAUCAUGUCCCUAAAGAUGUUAGUGUCCGAGAGCUGAAUAUCUCCCAUGUUACCUGCCACUUCUACUACACCGACAAUGUUAGGCUGCAAGCUAACGUGUAAAAGAUUGUGCAGAUUAGCGCUGUGUCCGCCCACGACUCAGAGGCGAACUGCUAUUGAUUUACUGGAGCUCUGCAGAAGAUAAGCCCUCGAAAAUGACACAGGUAACGCGAUUUUUGGUAAAAACUUAAUCACAAUUUAAAGACCACUGAGAACACUUUUAUUGGUAAAAAAAAAAGGAAAAAACAAAACAAAAACGAUCGGAUUGGGACUUUCAAAAAGGCAACUCUAAAGAUUCAAAUUCCCCAUUGAAAUCUGACUCUUUCCUGUAAAAUAAAGUUAGAUCAGACAUUACUGAAGACAUUACAUUCAAGUGUACCAUCCUAGUUAAUCAAAAUAUAAGGUGAGCUACAAAGACAACUGUAUUUCCAGGUUUGGCAACCAAAAGCUGUUACCUUGUUCAAAGCCUGGCAACAAAUUUGAGAGUUGGCACCGGGCCCUGCUCAGUUUGAUGAUAGCUGUCCUUUCAAAUUCUUUUAUACGUGGAGCUGAAAAAGAUCGUUUUAGUUGAUCACUUGAUUAAUCAAUCAAGGUUUGAAUCCCUUUUUGUGAUAACUGGUUUAAUCUAUUAGUGAGUAUGAUUAUUUUCUUGGUUUAGCCUUAAAAAAGGGUAUUCGAUGACAUGAUCUUAGGCUGAUGUAAUGACUUAAACGUUUUUGUGACUUUUUUUUUAGCAACAGAUGACCAACAGAUGAGAAAAUGAUAUGUAAAAAUAUGUUAAUAAUGAAUAGUUGAAAUUUCUCCCAUACCUGUCAUACUUACAUGGCUAAUUGGGAGUUUGCAUUGAUAAAGGAGGUUACUGGCAUUAAGUAUGUGGAAAAAUGUAAUGUUUUUAUGAUAUUUUAUCCAUCUGCCAUUGAUGUUAAACUAAGUAGAUCUUACAGCAAAAUGAGGUUAAUAGACUAACAGCCUGAUUCCCAGUCAGGCAAAUGAUGGCAGACAGCACUGGCUUUCUUAUCCAGUGUAAUUCACCUGCCUCAUGGCUGGCAAAUCAUUUUCUGUGCUGAAGCCCUAUGAGCAGAGAUCCUUUAAUCAUCCACUAAUAGGCCUUUAUGAAAAAGCUGAAGAUGAAUUCAGCCUACCUGGCUCUCUGUUAUCAUUAUCACUGCGAUGAGUUAUCAAAGUAUUUGUGUGUGUCUGCAGUCUGUACGUGUGUGUGUUUGUCUGUCUGUGUGAGAGUGUAGAUAAUGAGGGGAACCAUUGCAGUUCAAUGAGUGUGGGUAUUAUCAACACCGCCAGUCGAGGUGAUUUCUGUCCUGUGAUAAAAUUGAGCUGUAAUGACAGAUGUGCGUUGCAUUAUGUGUCAUAGACUUUGACAUGACUGCGGGGCAUCUAGAAAGACAAAAUCACUUAGGCUCAUAAGCUGCAAAUAUACCCAUGUAUGUUCUCGUUAUACUGUGAGUCAUUCCUUCAAGUGACAUUUACAACAUGAAUUACUUAAAAACAGCAGAGAAAACAGGAUCUAUGAGCUUGACUCAAAUGUAGAAAUAAUAUUUAAUCACACUCAUGAUGAUAACGAGUCUGAAAAACUUGUUUCUAACAUUGCUGUUGACCAGAUGGAUGUGUUUACUGUCAAUAAGACCUUGUUAGAUAGCUACCCACACAUGCAAUAACACUGUUUGUGUGUCUGGAAAUGUCUAUAAGAGGCUGCUUCUCUGUGCCUCUGCGCAUGUUUGUGAAGAGGCCUGAAAGUACUGUUUUUUUGAUACCAUCUAAUCAUGCUGACACAAGUUAUAACUGAAAGUUGUCGCUGAGAACUCUUCCUCAGAGUUUUGCAUGAGUCAGACAUUAUUUGUGUUGCGGUAUAAGUGUAUAUUAACACGAAUAAAAGCUGUAAAAUCUGUUUGUUUUUUGUAGUAUGUUACAGGGUGGCGUCUGUUAUAGUGAGCCGUUUAGAUUAGGCUCAGGCUGUAAGAGCGCAGGAGGGCCUCAGAGACAAUGCAUGUGAGAUGGGCGUGAGAACGCUGGUAAGGCUUGGUUCUCUGCAAGAACUGUCUUGUGUUUGGGGAAAAUAUCCUCACACUCAACGCUCCAGUGUCUAGAUCCAUUUCUAACAAACAGGUUUUGCAAGAAAGAGCUCAGGGAGAAAGAGACUUUUUGUGUGUAUGAAUAUCUUUUUGUUGGUGUGUGUGUGAGUUUGCGAAGCCACAGCUGCCUUUCAGACAUCACUGUGUUCUUUUUUUUUGUUUGAUGUGUUUGAAAAUCCCAAAAAACUAGGUUUGGUAAAUGUAACUUAGAUAUUCAUGUGGUUUCGGCUUUUUCAUCCCCCUCUCAAAAGGAAAACUUCCAGCAUUAUCGCAAUACUACAUAUAAACGAACAGUUUCAUUAUCAUAUAAAUCAAAGCACAGUAUGAAAAAAAACACCUUAUUCUUCUGACUUAGAUGAUAUUUAUAACCUGAACCACAUCUUUUGUUUCUGCUUUUUCUCCAGGUGUUGCAGCAGUUAUGUCAAAGAGCUGAAGACAUCUCUAACAGUGAGUAUGCUACAGAGCUUCACUCCUCCUCCUUUUUACUCUUUGCCCCUGGUCUGUGUUCCCAUGCUACAAAAGAGUUGAUGCAGGACUUUUUAAAAUACAUAUUGUCACACACUUCUGCUAUUACAUCUUUUUUUUCCCCCUCCUAUGGCACGCCAGAACAAACUUGCAGACUCCUCCAGUUUCAGGCCUAAUUUGAUUUUCAUUCAUUCAGUGAAAGAGGAUGUUUUUUUCUCCCCCAAUUAAAUUUAACAAGAGCCCCUUGAAAAGCAGUUGUUAUGAUUACAUUACAAAUUCGGGGUUCAUUCAGUGAAUCAAGCAAUUAAUUAGAUUUCUCCCAUUUUAAUCAGAAUAUUUGUCUGAAACGUGGUGCCUAAUAAACAUCCGUUGAGUUUGCUAUCUGUUCUGAGCCAACGCUGAAUGUAAAUGGUUGUUAACUGUGCCCUACAGUGCAGUGUGUUCAGUUGUUUAUGUGUAUAUGCAGCCUGAGUCUGCUCCUCUCCAUCCCCUUCCUUCUGUCUCUCUUUCCUUUUCUCUGUUUUCUCACUCCGUCUCUGUGUGAGAGCUCUCUAUGCUCAGGGGCGCGGCUGCGUCCUCAAGGCUUCACUUCACACACACCAAGGUGGCAGUUUGUUGUUGCACACACAGACAAUGACUUGCACUUUUCCCUCUUGCCUGACUUGAUGGCCUUGUACCUGUGAGUGCGUCCGUGUGUGCGUGCGUGUGUGUCAUCAGAUCAAAUGGGAUCUUUUAUAAAAAAGGUUUUAACUGAAAUACCUGUUCUGUCUGUGUGACCGUCUCUUUAGCCUUGUGUGUCAGCAGACCUGAUUCUAUCUGGUCGAACCGUUACCGCUUCAUCUCCGGCUGUGAAUGAUACAUUACAUCCCCCGCAGGUUUGAGCGAGCUGCUUGUAUCAUUUGUGAUAAGUAUUGAUGAGUCCUCUCUUGGGGAAUCAAUUUCUAGGGGGUGUCGCCUUGUAGAUCACCCCCCCCCCCCCAUCCAUGGUUGGCUGUUUCUAACUGGUGUGUUGGCUGCCUGACUUUUCCUGCAGCCCCAUAGAGAGCACGCACAGCAGAGCACAGGGAAAGAUGGAUCUCAUCCAAACAGCCAUGGUGUAAUUAGCUGACAUUUGUUGCUUGGAAGACAAGAGAAGGAAAAAGGAAAGAGCUGCUCAACUCAAACACCCAAAGGAAUAUGCAAAUGUUGAGAAAAUGAAAGAAAGACAGAGAAAUGUGUCUAAUGGCACGAAGAUAUAAUUAUAUUACAUUCACUUAUGUUUCGCAUGUGUGUGUAUGCAAGAGAGAGAGACAGAGAGAGAGUGUGAUAGUGUGUAUUAUGAACCCGUUGAACUUUGUGUGAGAGUCUUUGUCAGUGUUUUGCCUCUCAAGUCUGGUCCGUAGAAAGGACUAAUAAAUGUAUGAGGAUAACCGGAUGAUUCCUCACUCUGUUGUUUAGCACUGUUGCUCUGCUGAGCAUGUCCGAAAGUAUUCAACUGCUCACUACCCCCAUGAAUCAGCUAUCCACAACAGAGCUGAUUCUCUAGUUCCAGGAAGGUUGUGAGCAUGUGUGUGUGUCUGUGUUCACAAGUGUAUUUUGUGCGCAUGCAUUUAAGGGGAGAGACCGUGGAAAUGCAUGCCGACUCUCUGUGCUUAAGCCAAGGUGCUGCGUGAAAGAGCAGCAACUCUUACGCAGCCCCAUCUGCUUGAUCCGAGCUUGAAAUGCAAUGCCUUUUAAUGACAAAAUACUGAGUGGCUGGGAGGUGUUCAGAAAAGAGUCUGUGUGUGUGUAAGUGUGUGUGUGUGUGUUGUGUGAGUGUGAAAUAGAGAGGAAUAAAGGGAGAGGGAGAAGGAGAGAGAAAAACAUCUCGAAGGUCAGGAGCAGCGGGCGGCCGUAGGGGAGAGACACGUGAGACAGAGAUAGUCUUGCGUCAGCCCCACAGCAGUCCGCUCUUUAUGUGUGUGUAAGUGUAAGUGUGUGUAAGUGUGUGUGUGUGUGUGUGUGUACGUGUGUGUCCUGUGGGGCCAGCAUUUCCAUCCGCAUCCCACUGUGUGUUACAACGGAGCAGCAUGCCAGUGUUUCUAUUCUGAGUGUCUCAUUCUGCAAUAUAGAUAGAUAGAUAGAUAGAUAGAUAGAUAGGCAUAUGGAUAGAUAGAUAGAUAGACGUACAUAACAGAUUACUUUGAAGCAGUCAGUCGUUGGCCUACGGAUAAUUCUUUACAUGGCUCUUGUGACAGUGUAAGGGGAAAUUACACCUUCUAGCCUGAGGGGAAGGAAUUUGUGUGUCUCACAGCCUGUCACAAAACCUUGAAUAGGGUUUCAUCAAUCCUAGCAACUACUAUCAUUUUUCAGUUCUUAUUCAUGAGCCCUCUUUUGUUUCUCACUGUGUCUCUCUUUUUUUCUCUCUCCCAGUGCCCUUUAAACCGGUGCUCUCUAAGAUUGGGGAAGUGGUAGAGAUAACGCCUAAACAUUUAGUACUUUGUACUUGCCUCGGAGCUAAGAUUGUUAAAAAAAGCUGCCGGGAGAUUGUCCUCGGGAUAGGGAGCUGUGUGGAUUCAACAGACACACUCCAGCAUUAGUUUGGGCUUACCCAUCCUUGUCUCUUUUACUCUGCGCACACAGAAGAAAAAACACUGACCGUUCCCCUCCUGACUCCCCAGGCCCUCGUGGUCUCAACAUGGUUCAGUCCUCUAGCUAGACUUUUGAAUUACCCCCACUGCAAAACAGCCUCCUUGUCCCAAUGAAGGGCUUCAGCGUGGGGGUGAAGCUGCUCUUUUACAGACCCUUGUGCCAUGAAUCACUGCUCGCACCCAGGGAGCCUCAGUCCACUUGGGGGCUGCCUGCCUGCACGAUAAUGUGCAUGGUCAUGAGGGGGCCAUUUUGAAAGGAGGGCCAGACAAAACAGAAGCUAAAGAACCCAAGCUGUGAGCUUUCUCAUACAGGGCAACAAAGAAAGAGGUCUGUGUGUGUGUGUGUGUGUGUGUGCAUGUGUGUGUGUGUCUCUGUGUGUGUGCGUGGACAUAUGUUUGUUGUAGAAAGGAGAUGCUGGACACAAUGCCGAGUUUUGGGUGUCAUAAUGUAACAUAAUUGCAUGCCAGUAAUCUAUGAAACAUUAGGAGUGGACCUUUAAACCCCAUACAUCACAAACCUUUUAGCUGCACACAAACAGGAUUGCAAUCUGAGCUCCUUGGAGUCAGCCCUAAUGCCUAUUUGGAUGUUAGGUUUGAAAACAAGAGAUGAUCAAGCCUUUCGACAUCACUUGCCCUCACUUAACUACCUGCAGAUCACUCAGUGCUCACUCUGUGUAAGAUAUUGCAUCUUAGGUAUGCUGUUGGUAGAGAAUUUAAGAUAAUCUGCAAUCCUCAAGGACAUUUUUGCUGUUGAAUCCUUUUGAUUUCACUGAAAUGAAGUUGUAUUGCAUCGAUAAACCCUAAAUUAGGUGACAUAAGUUCAUAAUACCCGAUGUGUCACAGGGCUUAUCGAGCUUAAGGGUUAAAAACUGCUCAUCUGCAAUCACAUUUUGUCUUUUAUGUUUGCUCUUAUUGCUGUUUUUACUGCUGUGUAAAUCCAACGCAAACGUUCAUUUUCUUUAAACCCCUAUUAAAAAUAUUUGUUAAUAUGACUAUUACUAUUUUUAUAAUCGUUUAAUAAUCAUUCAAAAGAACAGCAGAAAGCUUUUAUUGUUUCUUAGCUCUUCUUUUUUUUGCAUGCAUGUUAAGUGUUGCAGGGUUCCUUUUAUGGAGAUAAUUAAGCUGACCACACACUCACAUGUACACUCACUCACCUCUCUCACCCAUAACCAGCUGUUGCCCUCUGAGAGCCUUCUGGUUUAUUGGGUCUAUCUGCUACAUUUAUGGCCAAACCACAUCUCCUCAACUCUCUGUAUCCCUCAUCUCUGUCUCUAUCCAUGGCCUCUUGUCUCAUGACAUCCUCAACCCCCAUACUCCCCCCGUCCCCCAGAUCUUCUCUCCCCCUCUCCCGCUUCAAACCCCAUCCAAGAAACACAUAGUGUGCGAUGGACCUGGUUGUCAGACUACAAUGCUUGCCUGUUGCUGAGAAUCGUUUUGUCCCUACUGGGCCUGUCAGCCAGGCCAGGUUGUAACCUGGAUACAGCUGCAGUCCAGAGGAGCCAUUAGCAGUGCCAGGAGGCCCCCAGCUCCCAGCGAGGGCUCAUUACUGUAUUUGUGCAGUCGCACUUCUCCUAUGAAACACAGCGGUGUGCCUGGUGAAACUAGCCAGGACAUUGAGCCUCGGGGAAACCAUUACAGCUCCAUUUAGAGUUCUGAGAGAGAGGGAGAGAGUGCAAGGUUUCAUCGAAAGAGGAGAACGAAUACUAAGAAUGAUAUUAAUCAUUAAACACAUUCAGCUUUCCCUGUACUUAACUGUGUGAGAGAGUGAGGAUCUGUGUUUAUUGGAUUUUAUUUGCUCUCUGCUCAGUGCGUGACCAUGUGCAUGCAUGUGUGUGCAUUUGUGUGUGUGUUUGUGUGCUCUCUGAGGCCCUGUUCAGCUGUCUGGUCUGGUGUGCAGAUGGCCAAGUUGGGGCCUGCUGAAUGAGAUACCCUUUUUCUUUCCUCUGUCUCUUUAUCUGUCCUUCUUUCCUUUCCUUGCCUUUCUUCUUCUCCUCUCCUUCCGUCAUCCCCUCUCUCAAGCUUUUUCUGCUGGGUUUCAUUUACCAGUUACAUCCCUGGCUGCCUCCUCUCUUUCAUCGCCGCAUCUGCUGAGGGCCAUCUUGGGCAGAGGAGAGUUUUCCAGCGCUCUAUUUUCUCUCUCCCUCCUUCUUUAUGCGCCUCUCAGGGCUCAGUGCGGCAGCUAGACGCGGUGGCUUUGGAAUGAAAUGUCUCUUAACCGAGCCAUGUGCCCCGGAGCUACGGUAAUUGCAGGUGAAAUUCAGCUUCCUCUUUAAAAUGCCAUCUCUCAUUUCCAGUUACCGGCCCCCUUCGUAUCUCUCUCUCUUUCUUACCUCCCUCCCCUCUCGCCUCUCUCCCUCUCCCUCUCCCUCUCCCUCUCUCUCUCUCUCUCUCUCUCUCUCUCUCUCUCACUCACUCUCCCUCUCUCCCCCUCUGGCUGUCUUUCAGAGGCGUGUGAAUCCCUCAGCCCCUGUCGCGUCUCUCUGCCCCAACAGACACUCCCACAAUGCACAGCGCUGAUGGUUGCACAGUGAUAUCAGCCAUGAAGAGGAGAGGGAGGGCCGCUGCCUAGACACAUACACACUCAGUAUGUGUGUAGGUGUUUGUGUGUGUUUGUUAGAGAGUGUACAGAAACAGUAUGACACAAACUGAAAGUGUGUGUUUGUUGGUGGGAGACAAUGAGCAUAUACUUCUGCGCUUAUGCCAGAGGACAAGGAAUGUGUUGAUGUGUGUUUAAGUGUGUAUGGGUGUGUGUGUGUGUGUGUGUGUGUAUGUGAGUGUGCCUGCAUAGCGUCAGCAAGGCGUGAGCUGUGUAGAGGUGACAUCAAGGUGAACACGGCGUGCGGAAUGCUCUGCCGACUCGGGAGGCAGCAAAUGGCUCUGUGGCAGAUGGAGUCUUUGUCAGGGAAGAAAAAUGGCAGCUCAAGAGCGUCAGAGAGACCCCCCCCCCCAACCACCACCUCACUCACACACAUAACACACACUUAUACACACACACACACACCACACACACCACUUUCUGUCUUACUCUACCUCUGACUUUUUUUUCCUUUCACAAGUGGUCACACACAUGAAGAGAUGCAACACAUACACACACACACACACACACAUAAAUCCAAAGACAAAUGCACAAACACAUAUGGACACACAUACAUCUCCUCCUCCCCUCCUUCUCCUCCUCCUCCUUCUCCUCCCCUCCUUAGUGAGCUGGGCUGGCGGGCGGUGACCUUCCCCUGCUCUGAGGGUUCCCUGGCUGUUUGAUCAAUUAUCCCUCUCCCAUUGUUUACCAGGAAGCAGGAGUAGAGAGAGGAGAGGAGAGAGAAGGCUCAAAAUGGCCACUGUCAGGUGGAGGGAUCCAUUUCCCUGCCAGCAAGGGGGUGGGGGUUAGAGGGAGGGAGAGAGAGAGAGAGGGAGAGAAAAGAGAGACCAGAGCUGUGAAGCAUGCUUAGAGGGAAGGGAGGAGCGUCGUUCCCUGGCAGCUGGGAUGAUAUGACAUUAUAGUGAAGGUGCAGCUCUGACAGUGGUUUCCAUUUGUAAUGCUGAACGUCAUCUUUUAAAAGACAGUUUGAGAUCACCAAACUUUGGACGAUCAAACAUGAGUUGUCUAUAAUCGAAUCUGAGAAAGAGUGUUUCUUUCCUGCUCCAAGUGUACAAAUCAUCCCCGACUUUAAUUCCUGAAACGGAUUGUCAUGUCCGUGCAUUGCUGCAUAAACACACGCGCAUGCAUGCAUAAUGCCACAGGACUGCAGGUACACUUCCUAUUUUUAGCGUGGCGAAGUGAGGGAGGGGGUACAUACUCUAAAGGUCAGGUGGCAGAGAGAAAAAAACGAGUGGGAACAAAUGAUGCACUAAGCGAAUGACACUCUGAGGUCCUGCUUUAAUAUGUAUGUAUCGCAGGUUGAUGGCUGAUUUCAUUAGCGCCUCUCAUUGUUAUGCAUAGAUUGUCCUCCUGCAGCAAAAUGAAUAUUGUAUUCACACGCGCGUGCACACACACACACACACACGCACGCGCGCACUUACACACACAAAACAAACCACAUUUUCCAGGGAAUACUGUAUGUUUGGAUCUUGCAGGGGGCUUGAAGAAAAGGUUGAUGUUUCCACAGGCUGUUAUCUGUGUCGGCUAUAAUUAAAACAAUUUACAGCGCUGUCAUUUUAACACAGGUUUUUGGCGCUGCUGUGAACAAUUCCUGUCAGGUAGUCGCUGUGAUUAUUUAGUGGUCCUUCUCAAUUUUAGAGUGAAUUAUUUCCAAAGCGGAAAAAGAAAGGGCUAUCUUUGUUUAAACAACUUGAGCGGAAUAAGUCAUGUCGAGUCUGAGGGACCAGAUUACGUCACUUUAGUUUACCUAAUUCCUGUGUGUGUCUGUGUGAGAGAGAGAGAAAGAGAGAGAAAGAGAGGGACGGAAGAAUAUAUUGAGAGCAUAGCUAUUAUUCACUUUGUGUGUUUAUUUGACUAUGUACUCCUCCUUGCACAGAGAGAAUAUAGGGUGAGUGUGUGAAAAUGCCUGACCGCCUCUGUCUAAUCCUCCAAGAUGACUGUGUUUCAGCAGGAAUUCCAGUCCUUAGCAGGACAUGAGCAAAUGUUCUGUGUGAGAUAUUAAUAGCUAUUGUGGGUGGAAAAGGAAAAAAAGAGAAGAAAAAAGCUUCUGCAUUUUUCCAUAUGUUUUGUAAGGAAACAGUCCAGAUGGAUUAUCUCUUGGUCUGGAGCUUUCUCUUGCCUCAACCAGCUCAAGUCCAAGUGGCGUUGUACUUGCCAGACACACACACACACACACACACACACAUACACGCACGCACACAAACCAAAAGCGCUCACGCUCCUCCCGUCUGAAGUACAACAGGCUAUUACUGAUUAACAUGUCUAAACUCAGCCGGUUCAAAAAGCCACUCUAAUUCCUUUUCCAUCUCGCUCUCGUAUGAAUCAUGGGUGACGUGACAGUCUUUCUUCCGAACAUACCUCUCGUUCCUCACAGUCGCAGAGAUAUGUUUGUCGCCUUUCUAUUUGUUGCCUGAGAAACCAUGUUGGCUUGUCUUCUCACAUUUCACACUUGGUUUCAUCCCCUUAACCCCUAAUGCUCAGUCCGGACAGGCUGCCUGACCUCUUGAGUCAUGGAUGUUAGACACAUCGGCAUCACAAGAGCCAGAGUUGGGCUGCGUUUUGCCCACUUAUAGAAAGCAAGAGGACAAGAGAAUCUUUCAUGGAUCAAAGAUGAAGAAUAAGUAAAUCCAGUGGCGCCCAUCGACAUGUUUGCAAUGUUUCACUGGCGGAUUUUAAUUUCAGCAAAAUGUGUUUUCUGCUUUUCUUUCAAAUGCCUCUUUGGAACGAACAUUAUUUUAUGGUCCUUUUGAGCCUCAUGGUCUUAAGUAUUUAAAGAUUUAAGACCAAAACAUUCACACUUAGCCUUGUGCCUUUAAAUCAGGAAGACAAAGCAAAACACCCACAUUCACUCCUUCUUUCCUGAGCUGGCACAUGCUCAUACACAUACACACAAACACAGACAUACACACACACACAAACACACAUUAUGUGGUGUGACAGGACGUCAUAUUUUUCGUAGUUUCACAGCAGGCUGGCAUUCCAGGACAGCAAAGAAGAGAUAAUGUCAGUGCACUGCUGGUUAACUCACAGUUUUAUCCUGUUUCUAGGCUGCAAAGCGUGAAGGGUGUCUGUUUAUGACACACACACACACACUCACGCCACACAUGCAAAACCAUACACACACACACACACACACACCACUUUGCCUUUUCCAGCCUGUUAGACGACAAAGGCUAAAAAAAACUACAAGUGACAAAAGAUGCCCAUAGACAUGGCUGCCAGUGUAGACAAAAGCUACACUCUUGUGUGGCUGCAUCAGAGUUUUCUUUUUUAUGACACAUGGUUUCUGGAAACCAGGAAGUGUGCCACACUGACUGACAGGAUGUAGGAUGAUGUUGUGUUGGUGCUUGAAUUAAGCUUUAGAGGUCACAAUGCCCUGAAAUAGCUUCUUUGUGCAUCUUAUUGUGCAACACAUCAGCUUAAAGGGCAGGCUUUUUGAGAGUCGUUGAUUCUUCAUAACGCCGCGCGGCUAUAUUUAAAUGAAGAAAUCAUGAAAUUCACCUAGUCAGCAGCGGAAAAAGAGCUUCCUCUCCAAACCGCCCACACUGCUUCCAGCCUUGUUGCGACUUGUUUGUCUGUCGUUGGAGGAUUUCGGCUUCUUCCAGAACAAUUGCUCUUAAAAAGCCCUCAGCUCCAGAGGACGGGAGCUGGUUUCACAGCAACAGAAUGGAGCUUAAAAACAUUAAAAAAUAAAAAAGUGGAGAGCUGUGUGGUAGAAACUUGGAAAUGCUCCUUCUCCCACCGCAAUGUAGCCUCUCUCUGUAUGCAUGUCAGGUGCCUGCAUGCUAUUGUUACUUUCAUCACUGGUGUGUGUUGUCAUGUGCAGCUGUUUGCUCUCCAGUUAGUGUAGUGUGUAGUGAGUUAGUGGAGUUACAGCAGUGUGGAGCUUCUCUCCAGUCUCUGAUUUAUUCUUAACAUCUGUCUUUGGCAGGUGUGUGGAACCACAAGGUCCUCUCUCUGAGCCUGUGAUGUAGCUAUCAUUGCGGGCAGCGUGUGUACGUACGUGUGUGUAUGUGUGCAUUUGUUCAAAACAACUGAGAGGGGCCUUCCUCCACCCCCUCCUUAGGAUGAGUCAUAUUUGAGCCCUGUGUAAUCCAAGCCUGUGUUUCAUGUGUGUGAACAGACAGACCCUGAGCAGUGGUCUUGGUCCUCACUCCCUCUGGGGCAGUGAGUGGGUGAGACACGGCUAUCAACAACAGGCCCGGGCAGCUUCAGUUUCAGCCUCGCCACACUGGGAAUCAACUCGUCGUGACACAGGCAUAGAGACACACACAUGAAACACACAAAGCGUACAUCCCGAGUUUUGAUUGUUUCCCUUUCUUGGCUCCUCCCAAAAUAAUAUCAGGUAACAGGAGAGAGGUGGCAGGCUUUGUGAUUGGUUCAUUUAUAAGGAAGUGUUUGGAAACAGUGGAUUCAGUUUCAAAAGAGCAGAUAGUUUAACACAUUGGUGACGCUCAGUCUAACAGAGGUAACUCUUUGUGUAUCUAGGCGUGUGUGUGUGUGUGUCCACCUCUGGGUGUGUGAGUGCAGCGCCGUAAUGUUGAAGCUCGGUUUUACACAGUCAACAAUGGAGACUCAAAUAUUUUGACUUUCUUUGGGAAAUCACACAGGGUUAGUGUGGUGACACAGGAAAUGGGGCCAUGUCAGAAGAAAAAAAAAAGGAGCUCUAUUUCUGUGGCUUUUCCGCUCAGCAUUUCAAAGCACCCCAUCGCUGGUGUGACAAACUCUUUUAAAGGCACAGCUGGACUUUUAAAAGGGUCUUCUACAUUUGCCCCCAGGGGGGAGAAUAAGUGUCCAGGGUAGAGAAGCAGAAAGGUGAUACUGGCAAAAUGGUUGAGUGAAGCCGUUUCCCGUUAUAGCCCUCAUUUAUGAUCUUUUUUAUUCUGUAUGUAAGGGCAGAAGUGUCAUAUUUUAUUAGACACUGAGCUGCAGAGAACAAAACCUCUUCUCAUCUCUUCAUAGGAUUUAGUCGAAAUUUAAAUGUUCAUGGACUGAAAACAACGAUACAGCUCUAUAUGAAGCCAAAUAGUCUUUCCUUUUCUCUGUGAUGUCGAAGGGGGCACAAAAAUAACAACACAAGCAUAAUUCUUGUUUCACUUUGCAAAUAUCAUGCACUAAAUCAGCUGGGAAAGCUUUUUUUCCAGGACCCCUUUGAAUCGGAUGUCACCAGAACAGAGCUGAAAGAAAGAAGGAAAGAACAAACCGUGUGAAAGUAACAUUAUGCACGGCCCAAGGCAAUCGCUGGUGACCACAGUGUUGAGCAGCUCUGGUCUCAGUCAACCAAAUCUCUUUGAUUUGAGUCUCACGUAAAGCCAAACACCUCGCAUUAAAGGGUUGUGUUGUUUCAGUAGAGUUUUUGCUAUCUUUUUUUUAGACUUACUACUUCCUCAAACCUUACAAUAAGAUGUCAAAGAUUUCUAGUCACUUAACUGCAUGGCUGACACCACAACACAGGAGAGGUGUUUUGUCCAGGUUUAUUUAAAAUGUAUAUCUUUAAUUUCUCCACUUACCUGCCUUCACAACUGUGUAUGAGUCUCUCUGCGUGUGUGUGUGGCACGUCUCUUUAGCACCGUUGAAGUGAAAAAAGUACUUGAAUAUAUUUUUUAACAAGUGCAUGGAUCAUUGGAGCUUAAAGUGAUUAAUAGUGGCCUACUUAUCAGUCCUGAAGUAAGCUGAAUUGACAUUUUGUUCCAAUUUAUUAUCUAAACAUUUGGAAACAAGUAAACUUGGCUCUUUUACUCGCUUGCCAGCCGUGAGCAUUUUGGCAAGUUACACAACGGUUGCUACAAAUUUCUUCCAACUUCUUUUAAAAAGAGGAAACUGAUCUUUCAGCAGCAUUUUUAUUCUGACAAAAUACAUAACAGACUUUCAGGGACUCUUUUGGCUGUAUUUGGGAUUCUUGAUGCCCUUGUGGUCCAAGAGAAACACCAAGUGCUUGCAUCGAUCAUGUUUAACUCUGACAGGGAAUCUGUGUCAUCCUCUGAAAAGACAUCUCUUCUUCAUAAAUGUAAUUGUUUCGUAACGCCAGUUGAAAAACAGUCCAGAUAAAAACCAAAAAUCAAGAGCAUACAUAUCACUCUUGUUUUUUUUUUAACUAGAGAGGCCUGGAUUGGAUCACAUACAGACUUGGUCCAUUCAUAAAGAGGCUGGUUAAUAAUAAACAGGCAGAGCAAGCAGCUGAUCAUUAUUUAAACGGCUAUGGAUGACUGUUAAUGUAGUAAUCAUAAAAGUCACCUGAUCUUGUAUCUCAUAUGAUGCAUGUGGUUGUGAUCUUUUUUUAUCUUUCAGACUUUUUUUGUUUGUUAUCUGUUGUUUUUAUGAUGAACUCACCCAUAAAAUUGUACUUUUAUUCUGUUUCAUCCUAGAUUCUUCAUCAGAAUGAUCUAAAAGUGGCACAUUAUUCCCAAACUGUCAUUACUAGUUAUCUGUAAACUUCAAUCUAACCUAACAGACUCUGACAAACAACAGUUAAACUAAUCACACAGGAUCAUUGCUCUGGCCCUGGAGCUACUUUGGUCAACUUGUAAAUGUGCAGCUCAAUAUUGACUCAUUGAAAACCUUACAGUCACUUACCCAACAAAUCAACAUGUAGAUGCUUGCCAGGGCUGCUGUGGAGUCUGAAAAGGACGGAACGAGUCAGCUAAACGUGUGCGGUUGUUUUUACAAAGAGUGUUGUCACAUAUAACAUGAGCUCAGAGCUGAGGAGUAUUCCACAGGCACGUAACGGCAAGUCUAAAUAAAGUGACGAGUCUGAGGAAGGUUUGCUCUUGACUCUGUCUUCCUCCCUUACUUUCUGUCUGGAAUGGUAGAGUGGGAGUAAAUGCGGGGCUUUAUUUGUCUGGAAUUAUCGGCUCAGUUCAUCAGUAAAGGUUCAACAGAUUUACAAACUGUCACAGUUAGUUUACAGAGUCUAAGCCCAGAUAUUUCAUUAUUAAACCUACGCAAAUAUUACUUUUUCCUCCCCUCUGUGAUUUGGCUUCAUUUUAAGUUUCUUGUGUAACAUUGAUGUAAAUAAGUGUCUGAUAUUGCAACUUCUGUGUGUCUGUGUCUACUUGUGUAUUUGUGAAUGUUGUCUGUUUGUGUGCGUGGGCAUGCAUGUGUAUGUGUGUCUGUUUUUCUAACAGUACAAAGAUGUCCCAAGGGUUUUUUCCCCCUUUUCUCAUUACAAAUGCUAAUGUCACAUUAAUGAAAUCGGCUUAGUUUAAGGUUUAUAGCGUAGCCUACACUCAGAGAUUUGGCCUUGACACUUCCCACAUAUUUCAAGUUGAAUCACAUUUUCUCCUGUGGGCAUGCUAUUCUGAGAUACUCUAAAAUGUGCUGGCCCUGAGUGAAUCUUUGGGGGUAAAACUUAAGAACAUGGUUGCCAAGCUCUGUCAUCGUUGUAAAUUGUCCGACAACAAGCUGCCGGCUGCCCUGCUUCCGAGUGUGACUGUUAGGUUAGCUACAGCAGUAAUGGCCUCAAUGAGGGCCGGGCUAAUCUAAACAUUGUGUUAAUGUGCUAGCAGCGGUUUGUAGAGUCACUAGCUGUUAAUCAUUGCUCAACAGAGAGCUUGUCAGGCACAACAACAUGCCUGAGAGUUAAUCACGGUUAUAGAUCUCUGUUUUUUAUGCGAAGGACAUAUUUAACAGCUGGGUUUCUAAUCAUUAGGCCUUUCCGGUAAGCACGUAUACGCGGUAAUAUCAACAGCAGUGAUUCCAAGGGUCAAACAAAGAGUCACGAAAACAACUGUUGUUAAAUUUAGAACACUUAAGAUGCAUUGCAGUCCCAUCUCAAACAUGAGAAUGGGGCCUUUAUAAGGCUGCUUAUUCAUAAUGUCAAAAGGACAGUCUAUCAGAAAAGCCUGCAAUUUAAAGAUGAAUCCCUGUCUUAUUUUCAUCAGACUCCCCUGCCUUUUACACCCUUUAACCAUAAAUAUGAGUCACUCCUCUUGCGCGAGUGAAAUAGGAGUCAUUUUCUAACCUUUCACUGGUUUUACUUCUUGCCUCAGUUUGCCUUUAUUUUAAUCCCAACGACAUUUGAAGCUUAAACAGAUAGUACGAGGAAGAGAUUGUUCUUUGUAAUUAAAAGCCAAUUUUGUAAAAUUGAUUAGAUUAUGCUAAUCAAGGGAGAUAAUAUCUUAAAAGCAGUGUGUGAGGAAGGCAGAUAGAGGGAGUGUGAAGAGUGGAAAGGAGUGACAGUCCAGCCGCCAUUACAAGCUGCUGAUUUCUGCAGAGUGCUUCAUAAAAUGUCAGAGCGCUUCUCCCUGAGCAAGACACUGAAAAAUGGCAGCGCUGUGAUGUGCUGGCACCUCACCUGCUGCACUGUGUGUGUGUGUGUGUGAGUGAGUGUGUGUGUGUGUGUGUGUGUGUGUGUGUGUGUGUGUGUGUCUGGAAGAGAGAGAGAGAGAGAUAGUGAGAGAGGGAAGGCAAGAGGAAGAGAGAGUAUCAGUGCGUGUGCAUUUGUGCAAGUGUGUGCUUGCCUGUGUGUACAUGCCUGUAUGUGUGUUUACAUCUGUGUGUGUGUGUGUGUGUGUGUGUGUGUGUGUGUGUGUGUGUGUGUGUGUGUCCGCGCUGGCCUCCCUCCCAUGUUGCAGUGAAGCAGAACAGAGUGGCUGACUGCCCGCUGCUUCGCCUCCCUCUCUGUCAAUACAACACUAUUCUCUCUCCCAGCCAGUCAUUUUCACAUGUUUAACAUUAAGUGAAGCAGCCGUUUGAACAGAGCAAUACGAGUGAUUGACAUAUUGAGUUUAAUGCUGCUGGAUUUUUUCCUCUCAUCAGAGCUUAUGUUGCCAGAUUGUUGUUCUGAAAACUAUUCAAUAGCUUUUAAGACUGUCAUUGGAUUUCAGUAUGCAGAGCACAACACGGCGGACUGCGUGCCGCUGUAAACACCCAACAUGUUUUCUUGUUUACCGCCUGAUGUUGAGCGCAUUGUUUACCUUCAUUUGCCAUUUAGCAUUAUGUCGGUUUGUGUUAAACAGAAAGCCGGGGUACUUUAAUGAAGCUAUUAUAUUGCGCAGGUGUUAUUAAUGAUAAUCUCAACAAAAAACAUAAAAGAGUAGAAAGGGUCAAAAGCAGAGCGAGAGAAAAGAGACUGGUCAGGUAAAAGGUGUGAAAGUGCAGAGGAGAUAAUAAGAUGGAACCAAGACGGAGAUGUGAGCCGCCUUUUCAUUUAGAGACAUUAAUAGCUUAAUGUGCUUCUUCUUUUGCUAGUCCGAGAAACUAAAACAAAACCUUGCUGUAAUUUACGGAAGAGCAUGUCUAGCAAUUUGUAUUAGAAAAAGCUAAAAUGAUGUCACCUUAAUUAUGUACAGAGUUAUAUGUCAGAGUUAACUAUCAAUAACCUUUAGUAAUGCAGGACAAUCAUAUGUUGGGAAAUAGGAGCAUACGUAAAAUCAUGCCACUAAGUGCCAAACGACACUGAAGACCAAAUCAAUCCAUGAAAUUGGUUGUCACAAGUAAAUUGAUCCAGCCGUCAAACCAUUGCUCUAAAUUUUUUUAACUUGCGUAGAUAUAAGUCAGAUAUCUCCUCCUGGUAAAGUUUCAGAGGAGAAGAACUUUCUCUUCUUGUUUCUUCUCCUGGACGUAAACAGACACAGCUCAUACGAUUGCUCAAACAGGGCUUGCCGCUCUCCGGCUAUCCCAUUGUUCUGUCACUGUCAGUUUGUUUUGCCAUUUGACAUGCAUGUCAUUUGCAUUAUGCAUAUCUGGAGUACUGUGCUUAUUCUGUAACACCCCCCCUCUACACACAAACACUCAAACACACACACACACACACCAACACAAAAUGCCUUUUUUCCUUCCCCCUCCUUCUUUCCUUGAUAUUCCCUGAUAACUGAUGCUAUUUCCUGUUUUUUGGGUUUCAUGCAUUUUUGUAUUUCCUGCGUUUAUUUGAAUACGUUGCGUUUGCAGAAUGCAGGAUGUCUUAUUAAGAUUUAAACAGGAAAUCACACUCAACUAUAAUACUUGGUUGUUUUGUUUAUACUAAAAAUUUUAUCCUCUCAGUCAAACCUGAUGGAAACCUAAAGCUCAUUUUAGAUGUAAAACUGAUCAUUGUUAAAAAAUAUGUUAUGCGCAAUAGGCGCAAGAAAAAAAAUCAAAUUAAGCCUCCCAGAUGAAUAGACGUGAGCUUGCAAUUUUGUUGUCAUAUAUUAAGCAAAUCAUUAUUAUCUCGGUAAAGUGAAUUUUUAUAGAGAGUUAUAUACAUUCCUUCUCAUAUGCUUCAAUAUUAUAUAAAUUGUAGUUGUACGGUUCUUGUUUAACAUAAGAGAAACUCCAAAAAGCAAAAGCAAAAGAGGUUAGCUAUGGAUUGCCUCUGUAUAAAUGUCUUUUUUUUUAGAUGUGAGACAUAAAAGUACUAAAUAUUGGAGAAAGGCUUAUAGUUUUUACUGUACUGAAGUGCUUCUAACUAAGGCAGUGUCAGUGAAAGUAAUGGGACAUGAUUAAAAAUGCAUUUUCAGUUGACUUUACUCCUGCAACAUUUUGCAAACGUCUGCAAAAGUCUUGAUAAAUACUGGGGGAUUUUAGCUCCAGUAUUUAAUAAGUUGGUUGUAUUUGGGAGGGAGUUGUGCGCCUAAUAUCUAUGCUCCAUAUUUAAGGCCUCAGGGUAAUUUUUCUGCAAAUCAUCAGUUUGGCUCUUUGUAUGAAGUUAAGUACAAUGAAGCAGUGUUGUGAAAAUUGGACUACGGCAAAUGUAAAAUACUGGAGUCUGUAAUCAAAUUAACCUUAACAGGCCUUGGUUUACCACCCAGCCUGCCUCCAAUGCUUGUGGUGUUUGUGUGUUAGUGUGUGAGUGCUCAUGAAUUAAUGUGUUAUUCUCCGAAGCAUGGAGAUGGUGUUAUUCCGUGCUUCCCAACUGCUCCAAAGUCAUUAUGGACUCUUGUAGACACAUGCAGCCGGUGGUGAGCAGAUCCGGUUCAGUCUGUAGAAAAACUGUAAUGAGCAAUGAGACUGGCAGAUGAGUGUGAGUGGCUAGCAGAGGGAGAAGGGCAGAUUCAUCAGGGAUGAUUGCCUGAUGCACACUUCUGGUUUUUUGAUGUGAAGACCCUGCUAGGUUACCAUGGGGAGAAUAAUUAGCUUUGGCUGGAUGCAGAUGCGAAUGAGCGGAAGAGAUGGGAAUUUUCUUAUUGAGCUUACUUUAUGAUACUCAAAAUGAUGCAUAUGGGCGUGCUUGUGUGCACAGAUACACACACAAAUGAAGACUGUUCCUCGAACACAUGCACACAGACACACACUCACUACCGGCUCAUUCUCUUCUAUUUAUGGCCGGGAAAUGGGAGUAGUGCGAUGUCUGGUUGAGCUGAGUAACACUAUUCUGUCACACAUAGGUUUGACAUCAAACACAAGUGACAAGCCUAUCCUAUCCCUCCUCACCGAGUCAUCACCAUGUCCCAAAAUCACAUUAUUGUCACUGGGAAGCCAGCAGAGACGGAUGGUGAGUAGGGGUGUUGAUUCCAGCCUUUGGCAUCUACAGUAUGCUUGAAAAGGCAAAUAAAGCCAUUUGGCAAGAGUUGAUUUCUUGUCAUUUCAAAAAUACACAGAAUGCGUGUGGCAUGCCAUUUGGUUUUAUAUUUUAUCUAAAGCCGCUUACAGCGACAUGGAUACACAUGUGUUUUUAUUUUUUACGACAGGGCCCAGUGACUGCUGAAUCUGGAAACUCCUGAAUGCUAACACCAUGCUCUACUAUUUGCAACACUCGGGACCAUAUCAUUACCUUUUUGCCCUGGCAGGCAGUAAGCAGCUCUAGCGUGGUAAGCUCCAGUGUUACAUGGAAACAGGCAGGCAGGCAGGCGGGCAGGCAGUGGUGUGGCUGUAAUAAGACCUGUGGCCAGCACCACUGCCAAGGCUAGCCGAGGCGGGGUGAGAGAUGGUGCCCAUCCCCUACAUGCCCUGCUCUGCCAUCUGUCACUGGGCAGGAGCAGAGCCGAGGGAGGGGUCUGAGUCACUCUGGUUGUUGUCACCUAGACAGGCCACACUGGGGCAUGCUGUCCCUUUGUACUCCUCUCAGGCCUUGGCUUAAUCCAUGUCAGUUGGCAAAGCACCAAUAAAAAAUGCAAAUAUACAUUUAAAUAUCUGGAUUCAGUUUAGAUUUUGUACUUUAUUUCAAGUCUUUUCAAAAGUUUUAAUAAAAGCCACAGUGAUAGCGCACAAACAGCUUAGAUCACUGUGCCACCAUCCAAAUAGAGCUGGAAGUUUUAUUACGCAUUACUUUGAAUUAAAACAUAUAUUUUCUGUCUGCAGCUUUUCAACUGGGAGGAUUUACCGUUUAUCUUUGACUUGUUUGAAAAUCAGAGCGAGCAUCUUUGGGUUUCACACUAUUAGCUGAACAUGAAAAUGAAAUUUAUGACAUUAAAUGUGGCUUUAACAAAUUACGAAGGACAUUUUGCUCAUAGUUUGGGCAUCUAACAGACUAAACGAUGAAUCAACAUCACAGCAGUGAAUCUAUUGCCAUUAUGACCUUUCAGUUUUUGCAGCCUGUGGUGUAGCAUGAUAUGACACAGUACGUGCUGUCUCUUUAAAUGUUCUCUGAGUUGAUGUUUGACUCUGGACAAAGGUUGUCACUUAAUUUUUGCCAAGGCGCCUGGUUAUGUCAUUUCCUGGCUGCCGGUGUGCGUGCAGGGAGGGGAGGGAUGAAGGGAGGAGAAAAGGGGUCAAGCAAGCUCAUGCGUGCGCUCUGCUAUAAGCAAGAUGAUCUUUCUCAGUUAGUGUGCAUUGCCAACAAGCAUGCAAAGCGCAAACAUCCACAUACAUAUGCACAUGUCGUGCCUGCAAGACAACACACCCACACGAACAUAUAUACAAACACAUAUAUACAGAAGAGAGAGAUGGGAAGUGUGCCCGCUUAUCUGCUUUACAAGGUCAGAAAUAAAAGAUGGUUCUGCUGAUUCAGAGUCAGUGUCAAUGAGCUCACUUUCACAAACACAAGCGUGACUCUCUCUCUCUCUGCGUGUGUGUGUGUGAGUAUGUGUGUGUGUUAAAAAGGUUCUUUCAGUAAUGAGUGAUGCGUGAAAAGUGACAGUUUAUCACCUUGUAAGAAGAGAAGCUGAUGGAUGAAAGACGAGCGUUAGUUCUCUGAAACAACGCCAUUAUAAAGCGGAAAUGGCGAUACAAAAACAAGUUAAUUUAUUUGUUUUGCGCUUUACUGGAAUAAACUAAGUGGAGAGCAAGCAAAGACUCCCAUACCCUGAUUAACAAGAAGUGCUAAUGGUAGGUUUUUAUUCCCUUCCUGUCUUUUCCAGCAACCUUCAUCAUGACACACUUGCUAUGUUGGCAUUUGUCUUGUUAGCUGCUCGGAGCAGGACACAGCUAGCUAAAUAGAGGUCAGUGUUUGACACAGUUGCAGAUCACAACAAAAGGCGGGGAGUGAGAGAUCCAGAGGAGAGAGUGAAUGUUGCGGAAGCAGCGAUGAUACAGUCUUUGUCGGCUGCGGGAAGAGGAGAAAAAAGAAAGAGAGAGCUGGGAGCCACCGUGUGUCUUUGAAUGGGGUCAGGGCAUCAUGGGGAAUAAUGCAUUCCCCUUCUCUUGCGCCAGGCGCUCCUUCCAUUACGGCUGGAGAAGAGACAUUGUGUCCACACUCUGAUUACCACUGAUCCAUGCUGAUGACUCUGUUGGCGGAUUAUCUCAGUUAGUAUCAGCCAUCUGUUACUGUGUGUAUGUGUGUGUGUGUUUGUGUGCGUGUGUCUGUGUGUGUGUGUGUUGAGAGGGGCGAGGAGGAAAGGGGCAGGAGUGAGACACACAGGGGGUUGAAUAGUUUGAUGCUGUCACACACACAUACACACAAACACAGACCCAGACGCACACAAGGGUACACUUCUAAAAGCACAUGUAUUGGCAGUCUUGUGUUAAACCGCUGCACGUGUAACCCUGCACCGUUACACACACGCAACGCAGACAUACAACACCGCAAAACACACGCAUGAUGUAAGGCCACAUACCAGGCUGCACAGGCCAUUACACCAGCAUCAAAUGCGCACUCUCUGUCUCUCCUUUAUUCUCUCCUGCUCUCCUUUCAGAUGAUCCUGACAUGUGAAGGCUCCUAUAUGAAGGCCACAUACACUCAUAAAAACCGCAGCGCUGUUUAUAGCUACACUAUCUCCUGAAGGGCCGUUGUAUCCAGUCGCUAUUAGCUGCAUGCGUUGACAGCUGGGUGCUGUGGUGUAUUUGUGGACGUGACUCUGAAUCCAGAGCUGGAACACAUCUUAUAAAUCAUAGUUCAGCCAUUAGCAUAAAUUCUCCCUCUCCUUGCAUCUGCGAGACCUGCUGUUUCUGGUUGCACCGCUCCAUGUUGAUUGGUUGCUGUUGUUCGAGUCAAAUUGAUUUAGCCGUUCACAGAGAUUAUAACGCUCGCCUUAUACUGCCACUGUGGUGUGCCGUUAAUUACCUAUAAAAUCAAGCUAAUUCUGAUGCUAAAUCCAUUUUAAUUUCUCAUAAUUAAGUCAGGAUUGGAUCCUUAAAUACCUUGGCGCUCUAUUAUUGUUGCAAUCAUUGUUGUGGCUGUGCAUUUGGUGGUGCAUUGCUGAGCUCAAUCUUAUUAUUGUUAUUAGAUUUAAUGGCUCUAAGUGAUCAGUUUGUAGUUGUCGGAGGAAGAUGGACUUGCCACGCACUUGUUUUUUUUUUCCUCCCUCCUUCUGUCCUUCCUCUCUCCAUCUCUCAUCCCAGAACGAGGCCCUUUGAGAGAUUGUGUGAGAUGAGAGGAGAUGAGGGGGAGGGUAACUGUGCUUUACACCUCUGCAAAAGGAGGGAUUGCUUUUUUGUUGUUUGUUAGGGGGGAAAUCAAUUCUGUUCACAUCAUCACGUUUUGACAAGGCGAGACAUUAAGUGCAGAUAUUGAGAAACGACAGGAAUGGUUUACAGCCUGUCCUUCAUCUUCUGCUCUCUUUCUCUUUCUUCUUGUGUUUUUUUUUUUUCCCGCAACAAAAUCAGAGUGCAUUGUCUUGCUUAUCCUUUCCCCCCUCUCAGUCUUUCCUAUCUCUUUUCUGUUUUCUCCCCUCCUUCAGAAAAGGUAGAGAAUGAUCCGCUUCACUUACCAGCUGACACCACAUAAGCCCGCUCGUCCUCUGAGACGGGAGCCUUUUGUUUUCCUGUGCAUUAUGAUAAUUAUAAAGGGCCACAGCUCCUCUCCAUUUUCAUCACCCUACUAAUGAUACUUUACAUUUUGUAUCAGGGGCAACCAUGGAAGGAAAAAAUCAGUCUUUUUUUUUUAUAAUGUUGCUCAAGAAUCUUUUUUCAUGUUGUCUUUUUCACCCUAACCUGACAUUUAAAGGGUGACAGGCAGUGUGAGGGUGCACACAGUGUGACAGGCAUUCAAGCAACAAAAUGUGGCAGAGAGGUAACGGUUUUUUGGCUUAAGAUUACAGCCAAACACUUCACCUUCACUCAGCUGAAAAUUUAUUCUUGUUACUUUUCGUGUAACGUUAAUUUUUUGCCAUUUGGGUUGAUAAUUUGUCUCUUUAACCCCCCUACUGUCACCCUGCGUGAGAGGCCUUUCUAAUGACCUCUGACCUUGCUCAUAAUUACACAACCACUGUCUUUUCCACUGCAGCAAUGGCAGUCACGGCUGCCCAAGUCCGAUGGCACACCAGCCUCCUCCCCGUGGACUGCAGCAGGUUUUCUUGUCAUCCUCGCCUCUUGCUCUCCCUCUUUCGCUCUCCCCUCUCCCUCUCUCUCUCUCUCUCUCUCUCUUGUCAGUGUUGCUCCUGGCGAAAGGCUGAUACUUGAUAUUCAGAGGAUAGCAGCUUUUGUCUCAGAGAUUUAAUCAGUGGCUCUGCUCCCACUGCAGAGGAGAGAGAGGGAGGGAGGGUGGCGGAGGGAUGGCAGGAGAGAGGAGAAGGAAAGAGAGAUGGAGGCAGAGACUGUUUAUGUGUAAUGACACAAUAACAAAGCCUGCCUGUAAAACACAAUCUGCAAACUGUGCUUUUGAAGGGGAUUUUCAGCCCUGGAUUAGUGUCAGGCAGAGGGAUACGGAAAAGGAGAAGAGAGAAAAAGACUCAGGUUGAUGUGAUAGACAGGGGAGGUGAUUUUCUGUGUGCAGUGGGUGUCGAAUUGUGAAAGUGUGUGCUCGUGUGUGUGUAAAUUCAUGUGUUUUGAAACUGUCUGUUAUUUAUUUAGCUGCAUAAGUUAGCAGUUGUGUGGGCACAGACUCACUCUGUUCUCAUUUAGUCGCAAAAAGAGAGUAAAGUUAAGAAUUAGCUUUGAAAUGGCCAAACAUUUUUUCUGUGAGAGUUCAUGUUUGUUGGUUUGAUGAUAAUAGCUCACAUGAUGACUCCGAAAAGACUGAUAAUGGGAAGUUACAUUGUUGGUUAAUGCACCCAUUAUCUGAAAGCCUCUCCAUUCGGUUGCUGUUGCAACUGAAAGGACUCAGUGAGCAGUGCUGUCUUCGCAGGCCUCAAAAAGCUCUUAAAUUUGAAUGUCUUUUUUGUCAAGGGGGUGUGAGGGGAUCCUGGUUGUCAGACACAGGUGUGUACGAGGGUGUUUUUUGUGUCCGCCUGAGUGUUUGAGGAAGAGGGAAUGACAAAGAAAAGUGAAAAUGUGUUAUUUGUCUAUUUUGUUUUGAAGUUUCUUGCUAACCUCUGUCAUUCCAAACAUCCCACUUUACUCACAGCAGAGUAAGUCCUCAGGUACCAGUGAUGGUCCUGUUAAAGAACACUUUCUCUCAGCUGUGGUGUUUUCUUGCCUUUUUUGUGCGGUAUCAGAGUCCUUAAAGACAUUGUCCUCCUUCCUAGCCCAUAUAGAAUCAAUAGAGGCUGGGAGCCAGUGAGCAUGGCUAAAUAGAAAUAUUGUUCAGGGGAAGUGAGAUGUGAAAGGAAAAGUGUCAGGAGAUGUGUGUGCGUGUGUGCGCUGGCUAGAACAUGCUGUGUAGGUGUGACACUAUGCAUUGGUGUGUAUGUGUCGGAGCCUGUGUGUUUGUGAGUGUACGGGUGGGUGUGCUUUGCUAUUGUAACCCUGCUGAUUGGAUUGUGUUUGACAGAUAUGGAGUCUGGAGAGCGGCUGGCCUCCCCUGCGCCCACCCUGUCUGCUGCUCGCACCUCCUCCCCUGCGGCCUCUUCCUCCUCCUCCUCCUCCUCCUCCUCUUCAUCUUCUUCAUCAUCCCCGGCUCCCCACUCUAAGAGCAGCCUGGCCCCAAGCCCCUCGGCACUGGGAUCCACCCUCAGCACCUCUGGUAAGCAACACUUUUACUUCUUCCGUCGAUCUUCUGUCUCUCCAAAAAGGCCUUGUGUACAGAGGAAAAAUACCAGCACACGCUGAAAACCCCCUUCCCAUGUCGCUUUAAAAACACGCCAAAUGUGUCCUCCUUCAAGUCUUGAUAGCAUUCAGAAUCCUCCUCAUUUCUUCACCAUGAAAAAUGAGUUUCCUCCAGUAUUAAUUAUACAGUUAUUUUGCAGCCUGUGUGAAUACACCUCUCUCCCAGCUACAAAGAUUUUUUUCCCUGACAGCUUGGGUUGCAAUUGAAAAGCUGCUGCAUUAAUGAAUCCCAAACAAUUAGGGGGCUCUUUUGUGUGAGAAACACACACAUGCUUCGCCAUGUCUCCUGACAACCUUCAGCUCUCUGGCUCCAGCUGCCUCAGAGUCAGGCUCAGCACGACACCCCUGCAUGCGUGUGUUUAUGUGCGUGUGUGCGUGUGUGUGUGUUUGUGUGUGAGAGAGAGAGAGAGAGAGAGAGAGAGAGAGAGAGAGAGCCUCUGCCUGCAUGAUUUAACAUUUGUCAGCCACUCAGUGUCUAGUCAGCCCUGUCCGGCAUCCAGCCUCCUUUCUAUGUAUUGGUCAAAGCCAUUAGGCAAAGAGGAGUGUGUAUGUUUGCUGUGAGUGUGUGUGCGCAUCUGUUUGUAUCUCUCUGUGUUUUUUUUUUUUUUUUUUUCAAAAUAUUCCUUGUGAGACUGAGUGAAUCAUUUGCUCAUGCUCUCUUUCUCCUCAUUUCUUAAUGUGUUUCUGUUUUUUUUUCUCAGAGGCCUACCACACAUACACACACAUGCGCACACUUUCACUCACACUCUUAAAGCGAGAUUGCACAGAUCAGGGAAUAGCAUAUCCAGCCUUCUCCAUGAUUGUUGUGUUUUCUCUCUGUUACGAGAAGAGGAAGACGCAAAAUAAAGCCCCUUGUUUUGUCCUCCACCUCCUCCAGUGUUUCCCCAAAGAAGAAGCCAUUAGAAGCAUCUCCUCCUUAUGCAUUAUACAUCCCUCUUAUCCCUCUGUGCCAUUACGUGUGCUCAGAUUUUCUAGAUAAGCGAUUUUGGACUGAGCAUCAAAUGAAAUGCUGAGAGGCAGGCUGUUAGCUCUGAACUUCUGCUGCGCUACGUGGGAAUCAAGCAAGCCAAUUCCUUUAUUCAUUUCAUACAAUGCCUUGUUCACUUUAGGGACUGCAACUCAAACAUAUAUGGUCACAAAAAUAGGCCAAAGGAGCUGACGUCAUCUCCGUUGCUUCUUGAUCCAAGUAUCAAAAGUAAAGAAAAGACAUCUCCAACCACAACAUCUUGAGUAUGUAUUCUGUGAGCAGGUACAUAUUGCAAAGAUACUGCCAUCAUAGUCUCUGCAGGCCCCGAUUCAAGGUCCUUUACCAAUGUGCCAAUAACACUUAAAAAAGAGAAAAAAACACAUGAACAUAAAAAUGAGUGUGUUUAUAUGUUUAUGUGUGGGUGGCUGGGGUGUGUGUGUGGGUGCAUGUGUGUGCGCGCAUGUGUCAUUGAUGAGGAUAUCACUUGGAGAAUAAAAGCUGAUCGGCGCUCGUAGCGCUCUCUUCUUCGGGGAUCAACUCACGGAUGCAAUUAACUUAAAUCUGUCUGUGGAAAUUUGAUUGACUGCAACAAACAACAAAUUAAUCCCCCUUCGGCAGCAUCCAAACAUGAAAAAAGCAGGCGGUGCAGUUUGUCAGAGUGGAGGAAGGAUUGAAACAGAAUGAGAAAGAGGACGAGGGAGCGGGAGAGAGAGAGAGAGAGAGGAAGAGACAGGCACACAGACUGAGUGCGAAAGAGAGAGAGAGAGAGAGAGUAGGUAAUCCUAGGUAUGUCUUUCCCGUGCCUCUGUCUCGCUUCAAAUUUUGAGAUUUAAUUAUUCGCCUUCUGGAAGCCUACAUUAAUAUUGAAAAGGCAUUUGCAGAUGCCUAGAAAGGGAAAAGGGGUGUGUGGGGGAGAGGUGGGUACCCCAGGCAUAAGUGAAUGCUGUGGCUGGCCUUUCUGGGGGUAGCAUUGCAGUCGUUUAUCUUUGUAUCCGUUAGCUGACGCUGGCAAGGCAGGCUCUACAUAUUCAGCAUAUUCUAAUGACAUUCAAAAGGCAGAUUUUUUUGCUGUCUUGUGGCAGAGAGGGGCCUUGAAACCAAUACAAAGGGCUACACUCGCACUACGCUGGCACAAUGGUAGAGCUUUGUUUCUUACCACAGAACCACAAACAGUUUGAUUCUCACUUAAGAACAGUCUGCGAGAUCCCUCUGUAGCAACAUGUUCAUUUAAAGUCUCCCUUUAGUGUUUUGGUAUAGCACACACACAUAGCCGGCCCCUCUGUGUCUCCCUCUGGAUAAUUAGAUCCCAGACUGCAUUAGUUCAGAAAACACUGCCUCCACUGUCACUCUGUUUUACAUUUCCGUGGUGUCUGCAAGUGUAUAGUAGUUUGACAUUUUCAUCUGCACUGUGUACAACACUUUCCUUUUCUUCAGUCAUCACUUUUUUGCAUGUGUAUUACCUGGCUUAUGCAGAGGCAUCAAGCAGGCUUGCGCUCUCUAGAAUAGAAAUUGAAUUUGCAUGAAAUAUGCUCACACCAAAUUGCAUCUGACUCUGGGAGGAGGUAAUACGUGGCAGUCGCCCCUGCCAGAAAUGAUUGUGCUCGGGAAAACGCUAGACGAUGAUGAUGUUGAUGAAGUAUUCUUCUGUGCUGAAAUUGAAUGCCAAAAGGAUAGAAGGAGGUUAGCUUUUCACGCCUUAUACACACACUUCUUUUGCUUGCCGACAAUAUCCAGUUUUUCUCACAGUGCAGCAUAUUCUGAAACUGAAGAAACAUCAGCACACAAGUAGUUGUACGCCGAGAUUGGAUUAUGACAAAAUGUCCUGUGAUUGAAAUGUGAAUGUUUCUUUUCUGUAGAGACACAGGAACCCUGUCGGAGCUCUCGUCAGUCUGUCAGGCUCACAGACAGUAUAGCUGUCUUUUAAAAUUAGUUACCGAGCGAAAGCUAAGUCUUGUUAAUUCUUUCACAAAUGGAUGUCAGGAGGUUUUGUGUUUAAUUCUUCUAUACUCAGGUGAAUAAGAGGCAGCACCUUCAAAAGCUGUUUAAAUCUAGUUUGUACAUCCUGUCGCUCCGAACAUGAAAGGAACUCAGUGAGGUAGUUUGAGAACAAUGUGUUCGGUCGACACAAAUAAACAUAUAAGGGACUAACAGUAGGGCAGUGAGUGGUGCUAAAGGUGUAAUAAACAACUGUCACACUGGCUGUUUAUUCAAGUCAAAAGUAAAGUUCUUCUGAAAUCUGAGCGAAUAUCACAGCUGAAUAAAAAAGUGUGUGUUUAAAAAAAAAAUCACGUUUUGCAUCGUAUUCAUCCUUAUUUCUCAUGGUAUGAUACUGACUGCGUAGACUAAAGUUUGUAUGUUGACUGAAAAUAAAGCUUGACACAAUAAAACACCAAAAAUACAAAGAAAACUUUACAAGAAAUAAACAGUUCUUUAAAACAAAUCUAAAAUCAGAGUUCUCCCAAAGUGUUGAUUGUCAAAAGAGAAAAAGAAACUCAAAAGGUCUGCUUUCAAAGGACAUUUUCCCCAGCAUAUUUGCAUAUUAACGGAAACUAACUCAGCCUAAAGUUAAGGACAUCUCUCAACUUGUAGCCUCAUAUCAUUACUGUCUUUUGUUGUACAAAACUAUCUGUUAUGGAUUUUAUUAAAAAAAAACAUUUGAACACGUCCCUCUUGGUUUGGAUCUCUCUCAGGCCGUCUGUUUGGAGCAGCAGGAGAGCAGCCCUUCAUUGGCUCCACAUUGUCAAGUGCCUUCCCUCUGGUUAACCACCCAGCCUUCGGAGCCCUCUACACUGCCGGAGCAGGCAGGCCUGAGUUUGGAGGCCUGGGUUCCCUGGGCAUGUCAGCUGCUCUGGCUGCCCACCCCCAGCUAGGAGCCCUCUCUGGUAAGAUUGGGAACAUUUGAAUUUCUGGCAGUAAAUUGGCUUAAUGUGAAUGCAUCUCUAAUCCUCUUCUCUUUUCUGCUCUCCAACAGAGUGGUGGCGAGCUGCUGAAGCCCAUGGACGGGGAGCUGCUGCCUUUCUCCCCUCUUUCAUCGGCUUCCCUCCUUUCUUCACCCCUCAUAUUCAGCCCAACCACAGCGCCAGUCCUGUUCAGAUCAGGAUGCCCGGCAAGAAUAGCCAUGCUCCACCUAAAGGUACAGCACAUCCCAGAAGAGCCAUUCAUUGAUCCGCACAGCUACAUUACUUACACGUAUUGUGAUAGAAUUAUAGCACGUGAAGCAGGUGAAAAAAAGAACAGUUAGAUCUGUUUCCAAUUAAAAACCAGCAUAUCUGUUUCUUUUUAUGUAAGUGCAUGUGUUUGUGAAUUAAUUAACCACAGUUCUAACAUGUGAUGCCACUCUGCAUUAAUGAUAAACAUCCAAAUCCCCAUUUCUUCUCUCCCACUAUCUCCAUCUGUGUCCUCCUGUCCAACAGCCUAAAUCCACUUUGUCCUGUGAUGAGAUUUCUCUUUUUCACGACAGAUUUAAUGACUUUCAGCCCUCACUUAGUGAUUCUGUCAACCCCCCUCCUUUCCUCCUGUUCCCUCUCGUAAUCUCUGUUUCUUGCACUCUCUUAAUUUCACAGUAUCUUUUAAUUUAUCUUUUAUUAUGUAAACCACUCAUGUUGGGCUUGUGCCUUGCGCUGCCAGCAUGUUUGAUGAGAUACACGUAUAAAUCAAUAUUUUUAUUAGCCUUAUUUCAUUCUGCAGUUCGUUCCAGAUAUUUUAUUAUCCCGUGUAGCAAAGUUUUCAAAGAUGGAGCUGAUUACUCAUACAAAGGAUCUGGUUUGUGUGUCUAGGGGUGAAUGGGGCAGUGAAUGGCAGCGGAGUCUGUCCCUCUACCACACAAUCAGGGAGCUUCUCCUCUAGUCCGGUUCCUGUUCAGACAUCAACCAAGUCAACCAAAAACUCAGACCACUCCAACAGUCACCGUAGCAGCCCGCAGAACAACCCAGCAGAGGUGGUGGAAAAGCCAGUCCAGAAAACAAAAGAGAAGGUCAGAGCUGAGUUAUAUUGCACUCCUUGUUCUGAGAAGAAGUGACAUGUGAAAUGCUCAAAUCAUGCAUUAUACAGUGAAGCUGAUUCUUGCUCUUUUUUUUUCUCGCUCAACUCAGAAACCAAGAAAGAAGCAAGCAGACACUUGUGGGGGUAGCAACAGUGAAUCAGGCACAUCCUCAGACAGCACAAGUGACGGCUCCCUCAGCAGUGAUCUGGAAGACCUGGCAGAGGAUGAUGAGGAUGAUGAUGACGAUGACGAGGAUGACGAAGAGGAGGACAAAUUGUCUGACUCUGAGAAGCGGACAAAGAAGAAAUCAAAGGUGAAGAUGGAUAGAAAGGAUUGAUGUGUAGCAGAUUUUAUAUCAAACAAAACCACAUGAUGCUUCCAAAAUCACUCACUAUGAAGACUGUGUUGUGAUUUCUUAUUUUGUAGUGCAAUUCAUUUUGAAAAGUAGAAGUGGACAGCCUUUGUUUUCUGUACAUUACCAUCAUGCAUUGUUUAAGUUUUAAUGAUUUAAUUUAUUUGGUUCAUAAAAACAAUAAAACAAAAAAUAAGAAACAUUUGUAUGGGCAAAAUACAGAUACAUAAUGACUUGUAUGAAGAUGAAAGAGAAUAGUGUCCAGAAUAAAAACAGAAAAAAAUCCCCGAAAGACCCUAUAUAUCAAGCCUCAAACACUCCAAGUAUGAAAAAGUGAAGAAUUUUAGAGAAAAAUGAUGUGAGAACCAAAAGAAUUUGCUAAAAUAUACCUUUCCAUUUAUAGAGUUUUAUUGUCAAGAAGUGCAAUUCAAGAAAGAGGAACAGUUUUGCAGUUAUGUUGCAACUACUUUGAUCGUCUUGUGAACUGUUUCUGCUGUUUUUUUCUGACAGUGUUUAACAGUCCCUUCAAAAGAAUAGCCCUCAUAUCUGUUUGGUCUGACUCAGAAUAACCUGUAACACUGCAUCCUCUCUCUCACUCUGGGCUCUACUUUCAUGUAGACAUUGCCCAAAGUAUGAAAUUGAUGUAGUGAAAACAAAUAUUCUUUGUUCCAACAUUUGCUUAUUUCAUCUCUUUCCCAGCCCUUGAUAACCAGCACUGGAUCUGCAAAGACUGACAGACCACUCUCUGGGGAGCUCCAGGACAAGAAGGCCCCCUCCAACCCCCCCACCCUUGUGCCCUUACCCUGCUCCUCUUCCCCUCCUGCCUUGUCCCAAACCUCACCACUGGCCCUGCACAGCUCCAGGUCUCGGACAGAUGCACCGCAGCAACACUUUAGCGUGAUCCAGUCCACCGGCCUGGCAGCCAAUUCAAAGCCCCUGGCACUCCUAACUCAGCCCCGCAGGGAGUCUUCGCCAUCUCCCUCCCCCAUAGCGCUCACCACAUCCCCAAAGGCUCUCUCUGGCACCGCCUCCCCCAAACCUCCCAAACUGCUGCCCUCCUCCUCCCCUCAGCACCUGCCCCUCUCUCUCUGCUCUUCCCCCAAACCCCUCUCUGUCCCCUCUCCACCUCGCUCCACUCUCCCGCCAUCUACCUCCCCGAAAUCUCGUGGUUUGACCUCAUCUGUGACAAGCUCCCGGAAGUCCUCGCUGAAGCCGCCUCAGCGUGCUGGUUCUGGAUCUGCCAAAUCCAACAAAAAGAAACUGCUGGAGGCUUCACUUGCACAGAUCAAUGAGUUCAGGCUCAAACAGGUAAGUUUACAUGGCACAUAAUAUUUUGCAUUAACCGUGUAAGCUGAGAGGUGGACACGAUACUUAAAACUGCACCGUCAGCUUCCCAGUUCAAAGUUAUUUCCAACAAAUUGACAGUAAUGUAUUUUUCAACUCGAGCUGAGUGUGCAGUUUAAUUCAGAGUUUCUCUCCUCUCUUUUGCUUCAUCAUUACUCCACCACAGCCAGGCCCUCUUUUUAAUCCAGUGGCCAUUUAGCACAUUUAUUCAACAGCAGAUUCAAACAGGCGGCUAAGGAACUGUUAGAGUGAAUCUGCACACUUAAUUUAAAAUGAAAUCAGAGCACUGACUAUUGCAGCUCCUCAUUCGCAAGAGGCUUGGAUGUUGUGUUGUGGAGAAACAUUUUUCCACAGAGCCUCUUUAAAAUGAUAACAUGGCUGUAAGCAAGCUCUUACCACUCUGUAGUUGGACAUCAGAGAGAUGCUUUGUUUUGUGUGGUUCAUUAAGGAGGCUGUGCUUACUUGAGUCAACUGGUAAGGCAGUGGGAUUGGACGCAGAAAGCAACUAGAUAUCUAAGACAUUUAGUUGUGUUAAUAUUUAUCAUCAAGGGAUGUUUCUCUUUUUUACUAUAUGGUGUGACAGUCGUGAGUUCCUGUGCAAACCUGAAAGAGAAGAAGUUUUGAAGAGCAUUGUUAGUCACUGAAAUGUGUAGUGCAUGGCUGUGUUUAAACAGAGCAGUAAUUGCAGAGCUGGGGAGGUUGAUUUUGGGAUGUAACAGAUCACAAAUUACCGGCUACCCCGCUGAAAAUGUCAUAGGUACUGUAAUUCUCUAUUACAUAUUAAUUUCAUGCAAUUAUUUUGUCAGAGUAAUGUAACUUGUUACAAAUAAGGCAGUGAAUUCUUUUAUCACAAACAAGGCAUACAGAGAGCAGUAGUGUUAGAGCCUUUUUAAUUUUCAUUGGGAGGUAAAAUGUGUGUUUUUCCAACUCUGAAAAGCAUUGCAGUUUGUUCAACAACAUACCAUCUGCCUUGAUGUUGUCAGCAGAGUCAUAUGCACCGUUUUGAUUGGCAGAUGGCUUAAAUGUGCAAAAGAAAAACAACACUUAAAUUUUCAGCACAUGUAGAGAUAUUUGUUGAAGUUACACUUCUUAAUGCUGUUGCAUUAAAAUUUCUCCUAAAUAGGAUGUAUGCUCAGUCUUUUAUACGAGCAUUUAAUCAAACAAGUGUUGCUCAGAAUCUGUCUGAUAAACAGCAUUUUAAUUAUGUCCACAAAUUAGGAAAUUUCCCAUUGAUUUUUACAGAUUAUAAUAAUAGUUGUUACUUCAGUUUAGCUAAACUUAUUGCUGUAAAUGCAACUGUCCAACAGUUUAAUUGUUGAAGUUUAAUGAACAACAGGAAAGUCCAAAGGAUACAUGCUGCAAUCAUCCGUCACUGAUGUCUAUCAGGAUUGCAGUAAGUGCUUAGAGCCUCAGUUUUAAACCUUGCACUUACUGUACAUAUGAUCACUUUUUUAUAUUGGUUUUAAACUGGUUUAUUUAAUGACAUUGUAGGUGAUCAAAGUAAGAUAUUGGUCAGUUUCAUUUUCUAAAGCUUGCUCUGUUAAACAUUCUGAGAACUUCUGUACCGAUCAUAUAUCCUAAAAUGUUGUUUGACUUAACCGCCUACAUGUACCAAAUGUUCGGCACUGAGUUCAAACCUCCUUUUAUUAAUAGCCUAUCAAGUUCACUGUCUCAUGAUUUGUAAUGACUCUUCGGUAUUUAAAGGUUUUAACCAUUUAACACUGAUCACAGUAGUUCUGCUAUUCUUUAUAUGUCUCAACAGCUUUAGAUGAAAUGGAUUAAAAAUUGUCACCUUUUUGUGCUUUAACUACGUAAUUCCCUUUCCUUGAAAUAUGAAUGACGGCGCAAUGAUCAAUAAGCUUAAUCUUUUGAGAUCUGCUUAUUCUGUGAAAAUCAUUUCCUCUUUCCUGUUUUACCAGUAUAGAGAAGUUUACAACGAGCAAAAUUCCCCCUGUGGUUUCAGCACUGUUACUGUAUUUCAUGGUCUGUGAAAUUGAUUUGUUUCACUUCAUAUCACAUCUAGUUGAAAGUGCAAGGCUGAAGUCGAACCUGCCUUUGCUUAAACACAGAUUGAGCCAAACUUGUCAUCAGUGUAAAAAAGGCAAACAUGGCCAGCUGCAGGAUGAUAAUGAUGAUGGAGCUUUUCAAAUGUGCAGACGAGUAAUGAGAAUUUGAGAGAGAUACUCAGUGUCUAUUUUAGUGAACUUGGCCGAACACAAUGCCUUUGGUUAUCGUAUUUAUGUUCUUUUUGUUUCUCAGAAAGGGGCUUAGACACAGUUAACUGUACCAGUGUUCAGCAUUGUAGUUUUGUCACCUGCUCAAACAAUCAGCAGUGAUGGGAACUGACAGCUAGAGCAACUCCACUUUGUCCCAUCUCUUUUCUGAUUUUUUUUUCCCAAACCUUUCUUUGUCCCUCUCCCUCUCACUCACCCUCCCCCUGACUCCCUGCUUCUCCUUGUCCUCUCCCUCUCUCCUCUAUUCCUAGACUCUCAUGUCCCAAGGGCAGACGUUCCCAGCUGAGCUAAAGAAGCAGCAGCAGGGGCCAAACAAGUCUCCUAAGAGGACGUCUCUGUCUUCAUCGCCAUUGCAUCCCACUCCUCCUCCCCAGAACAAUCACUCCAACCUCUUCCUCUCCAGUGCCCUGCUGGGGCUCCCUGAACCCCACCACCCCAAUGGAGUCAUCCAAAGCACCACUCAGGACGCACCUCUGGCUCUCAUCACCAAACCUCGCAAAGACUUGACCUCUAAAAGCAAGUCCCCUCAGUGCGAUUCCGAUGCUGGGUCAAUGCCAGUCAAUCUGAGCACAGGGGCGAGCAGAACCCAAACAACUGCCCACGCCGGGGCUCAGCCCUCCACUACCUCACCCCAUGCAACAGGACAUGGAUCCAGAAAGAACAAGACCCCCAAGGGUAAAGGACAGACAUCAGGGCUGGGACAGGGACAGGGACAAGGACAGGGACAAGCAGACCCUUUAGCUGCCUGGAAGGGCUUCUCUCAGAACCACCUGGUUCAGUCACUGGUAGAUUUGUUUCGUGGGGGGGAGUCUGGGAUCGGGAUUCCCGGUGUUAGCAUCCCUGGAGUUGGGAUUCCUGGAGUGGGGAUACCUGGGACAUGUAAUCCCACAGCAGGUCUCCCGGCUAACAAGGAAUCCGAUGACUCUGGAGACGACGAUGAUGAUGAGGAUGACGAUCUUGAGGAGGAGGAAGAUGAAGAGGACUCAGAUGAUAGCCUGUCAGGUUGGUAUCUUCUGUUCACAGAUGUAACUUUCACAACCCCUGAGGAAGCUGAGACUUUAAAAUCAAGGCUAAAAACAAACAGGCUUUGAUUACGUGUUAAUCUCUGCUAUUUUACAAUUACUGUACCAUACCUUUAAUUUGGCUGUCAGUCAUUGAAUAAACAAAUCCUUUCAAUUCAGUCAAUGCAGGGAUCUGUCAGAGCUCAGUUAUCCAUUAUAUUUUUAAAAAUUAAAUGUGGUCAGAUGCUAAGAAAUAAUUAAUUUGAUUGCUUCUGUUUGAAUGAAAGAAUUGGAAGGUCCAAUUAUAUCCAGUUAUCUACUUCUUGCCAAUGUGUAUCCUCGACUUCCAUUUCAGAGUCUGAUAGCAACUCAGACAGCGACAUCUCUGGGAAGAAAGUGAAGGAGUUAAAGCUGCUGCCGUCUGGAUCAUCCAAAAAAGAGAUGACUCCCCACAGGCUAACCAAAGGCCCAGAACUACUGAACACCUCAACCAAUCACACCGCCACCAGCUGUUCCCCCCUCAACUUACAGGUCAUCAAGACUCCAACCAUUGUCACCAGCUCCAGUGCCUUGGCCUAUCACAGCUCUCCAGGCUCAUCCUCCUACAGCCUGGCCUCUCCAUUAGGUGAUCUUUGAAAUUGAUUUUUCUACAAUGGCUCAGAGUUUUGAUUUAGAUGUGCAUCAGGUACAGAAAGACAUCACAUUAAGAUUAUGAUCAUUUCAGGUAAAUAAUGUCAAACAAAGAUAUGUUUAAUGGUGAAACAUCUUCAGCUGAGUAAAGAGUAAAGAGUUGAAUUAUUCAUGAUAGAAAAAUACUGCAGUAUAAUAUAGCAACAGCACACAGCUUUAGCAUUGUGCUGGAAAAUACUAUGCUUUCGUUUACCAGAAAAAAAAUUCAACACGCUCAGAUGACUGUUAUGAGGCAAUGCUACUGCUAGGGAGACAGGAAGGAGGCGGUUGGUUGUCAUGGCCAAACUGGAGCUCUGAGGUCUUGUAGGUACAUGUCUAAGAGCCCUGACAACUUGUUUGGCACAGCAACAAGGUUAAUUUCCGCCUUCUUUCGAUGUGAAGAGAUUACCCAGAUCAGAGGAAUAGGACAUAUGUGUAGCCUGCCAGGAAUGUACCAAGCAGACAUUCUUGUCCUUUGCCCUACUGCUUGAAAUCUUGUUUUCUUUAUGCUUCUUUAAAAUGGAAACUGAUCAACAAGCAAAAACAUGUGAAAUCUGUUCACUGUCAUGUUCAUACUAAUCAGGACUGGAAGAUUUAAUUGUCAACUAUAACUGCAGUAACCUGGAAAACUGUUAUCAUAUUUAAUAUGUUUGAUAACUAAAUACCAGACUUGUUGAAAUAUGAAUCAAUCCUGGGUAGAUAUGAGUUCAUCACAUACAGUUAAUGUGUGUUUUCACUGUCUCUAUUUUUGUUUAUGCUAAUGCUCUUUUUGCUAGAGCAUGUAAAACAAAAAAAAAUCAAUUUCUAAGAUGAAGCAAUUAGGUUUAACUUUCAAUGUUUAACCAAAAUAAAAAGGGCAAUUCUUAUUGUAGCUCAAGAACUGAUUUUUUUGUGUGUGUGCUAGUUUAGUAAUCUGCGCAUUGUUCACCCGUUAAAUUGUUAUCAGUUUUGAUAUCAAAAUUCCAAGUCUGUCAGUCUGAACUGUUCAUAGAGGAGUUCAGGGGAUUUGGAGGCUGCUUCUGUAUGUGUGAGGUUUCCUGUUACACAGGUUGUGCUGUCAAAUUGAUGGCUGAACUCUGUCUCUUCACAGGCUUAGGGAAGAGGAAGAGGGUGAUGGAUGAGAAGGAGUUGAUGACACCUCUGGAGUUGGGGUAUGUACAAGGGGCUGAGAAAAAGAAAGCUCUUAUAAAGAGAUUCACUGGAGAUCACACUCGCACAUGGUGGAAAAAUGCACAAUACAAGCUUUUUAUCCACAACUGGGCACUUUUGUCAUUCUCAAAAUCGCAGGUGGCGGAGAGAAACAAGAAUCAAAUCAGUGGCGGGGCGGCCUCAGGGCGAGGUGGCCUACUAUGCCCCGUGUGGCAAGAAACUAAGGCAGUACCCAGAUGUGAUGAAGGUACCUCAGCCGCACUGAGCUGCACUUUAGUUUACAUUAAGACACACAAGCAGAUGUUUUGAGACAUACAGAUGAGAAUAACAUACUUUAAGAAUUACAUUGGGAUUCGUUGUGAGUGGUAUGGAUUGAUAAUUCAUCAUCCAGUUGAUUUAUGGAUAUUUUUGCUCACAAUUGCAGCACUACUCAUCCACAUUACUCAAAAAAAAUGCUUGUGUAUCAGGAUUAUAAUCUAUGUUGUUGCUCCAGUUGCACUUAACCCCCACCCCCACCCCCACCCCCACCCAGCUUCCUGUGACCCUAAUAGUAAGAGAUGAUAUUCUUAGAUCCACUCCUUGUGUCACUUUUUCACCCUCCUCCCCCCCUCCUUUGAAAAUGAUUAAUGGUUAGUUUUGGGAUGCACAGCUCUCACCCCUUUUUAUACGUUAUAAUAUAGGCUGUAAUCUUCCUUGUUUGCUCCAUCCAAAGCUCAGCUACGCUAAUCGUUAGAGCUGCCUUUGAGUGUUGUAGUGCAAAGAGAAAAAUGUGUACUCAUUCACUCACUGCUAGACAUUCAGCAGGCAGUAAAAAGCCUAGCAUGGCCACAGAUAAAUAAGAAAGGGACUGAAUUGUGCAACCCAAGGUCAGAACCGUUUUUCUCUCCUGAGAGCUUUUGCUCUUUUUUUUUUUGUCCCCUGGCUUUUAUAAUGAUUAGUAGCACUGCACAGAAGCACACUGUAACCUAACUCCCUCCAAUCUAGAGCCUCCCAGUUGCUUUUCAAUGUCGCUAAUUUCGCUAAUUUUUUUCUGCCUAAACCAACGCCAUUAUUAUUUUCUCUUCUGUAGUAUCUAUCCAGAAAUGGAAUAAGUGGCAUCACGCGUGAUAAUUUUAGCUUCAGUGCAAAGAUAAGGGUUGGUGACUUCUAUGAAGCCAGAGAAGGACCCCAGGUGACUGCCUUUCAUCUCUCUCUCUCUCUGUCCCUGAUCCCUGUUCAUCUUUUCAUCUAGUGGUAGGCAAAGCUUCAUGCAGCAGUCACUGUCAGGGCAUGGAUAGGAAUCAACCAAAACCCUCAGUAGUUCUAGUUCAUAGACCUCUCACUGUGCAUGGAUAAAUGUAAUAAUCAGACAUUACUUCCACAGGUGACCAGUGAUAUAUGCCAUGUAAUGUGACUGUGAUACUAAGAGUUGAAUAGAAGCUUGAACUAUACAUAACCUGGAGUAGAAUACAGGAAACAUCUAAGCAUAAAUCCUUGAAGUGUGAGGGUCAGAGAACAACUAGGUGACAAAUGUUUAACAGUCAGUGAGUAAAUUUGAUCAUGCAUAGCUUAGUUAGAUGUUUUGUAUGAAAAAAUGUAAUGCUAUGUGGUUUCAAAGAGCCUUUUACUUCACACCUGUACACCCAAAUUAGUCUAGCUAGCCAAUUAGUAAUGUUGUUCCUUAGUUACUUAAGUGACAGAUGUCAACAUGUCAAUCACUGUUUCAUCUCUCACUCCCUUCCCACCUCCCAAUCUGCCCGUCUCUCCAACGUCUUCCUCUCCUCAGGGGUUACAGUGGAGCCUAUUGAAGGAAGAGGAGGUUAUUCCUCGUAUUCUCGCUAUGGAGGGACGGAGAGGUCGUCCCCCCAAUUCAGAGCGUCAGUUAGCAGGCGACAGUGUCAAAGGUAACCGGCGGAGGAAGGGACGCCCUCCUAAUGUGGGUGAUCCGCUGGUUCCUGAGGGCCCCAGUCCCAGUGAGGUCAAACUUCUGCGCAAACUAGAGGCUCAAGGUGAGGAGAGGAAAUGAGCCCUGAAAUAUGUUUGUCAGGGGUGUAUGUGCCAUUAAUCAACCAGCCAUUAUACAGGCAGCAGAGGCCAAGCAAGGAGUUACAUUUUUUUCCUUUUUUUGUUAUGCUUGUUUGCUUGAUCCAUCAACUCUACGUGAAGCAACAUGCAUACUUUUUUAAUUAGAACUGUUAUCACAUCUUUUUAGGAUUUUUUUGUGUACGCCUGUGGCAAAAAAACAAAUUUCAGAUGCUUUGACAAAAACAAACAAAAAGCACAUUUUUGUCUUUAUUUGGACCACAUAAAAUUGAUUGUGGACACUCGUCUUUGUUGAUAAACUCACUAAACAUAUUUAAUUCCUUUAGUAUAAGAAAAAUGCACCGAUUCUUGCUGUCCAUCUAUAUUUGUGUGAUUUGUUUAAUUAAGAAAGGUUUUCUUCAGUCAGAUGUGCUAAGUCAUACCACAGUAGCGUUUAGGUACUCUUUAAAUUCCUCUCUGACAGUACCUUUCAUCCUGCAGAGAUAGCCCGACAGGCUGCCCAGAUGAAACUGAUGAGAAAACUGGAAAAGCAGGCACUGGCGCGUGCAGCUAAAGAAGCUAGAAAACAGCAAGGUAAACUCAAUUUUUCCUCUCUGUGUGUGUUGUUAACAAGAGCACGGGGCUAUAAGGGUGUUUGUUGAUUUUUUUUGUGUGUGUGGCUGGUCUGACGGUCACUUCAAACCACCUUGAUAGUAUAAAAAACCAGCAGGACCAGCACCCUCUGUAGAAACUCCUGCUUGUUUUACAGCUUUUGUUUGUGCGGAGGCUCAUAUUUAUUUCCAUCACUCUCGGCUUUAAUCUUCUUUCUGCUCUAAUCUUAAUUACUGGCGUGCUGCUGGUAGCAAACAUAAUGCUUGUAUAUGCUGUAUUUUAUAUUCCAAAACAAAAAAAAACAUAGCAAAAACUCCAGAUCAUAAUCUGUGUUUGCUUUGUUUCUGUUUUAGUCACUCAUACCUCGCAGGGACAUCAACAUUUUUCACACUUUUAUUUUCAGUAUGGUUUGUCUUCACUGAAGAGACCGUGUUUAUGUGUUUUAUUCCAGAUUUGUGCAACAGACUGUCAUUGUUUGGCUCUCAUACUGCUGCAGUUUGACCCCUUUAAUGAAUGCAGCCUAAAAAAAAAUCUCUGCCCAGCUUUUGUCGGUCUGUUUACAGCGAUAUAACACUGAUUUGUCUCUUAGCUAUCAUGGCAGCGGAGGAGAGGAGGAAACAGAAAGAGCAGAUCAAGAUUCUCAAGCAGCAGGUGGGUCUGCCUUACAUGUGUGCCUACAAAUCUUUUCUCCCUCCCUUCCUCCUUAUCUAAGUGUCCUUACACACAUAGUCACUUUAAGAAAUGCUGAAUAGUUAUUUUGUGAUGCUUUAAAGUUUGCUUUUUCAAUUAUCAUCAUUAUGUCUAGUACUCAACUUAUUGCUGUGUCUCUACGCCCACCCCAAGUGGAAUAGAGUGCUCGGAAAGUGAUUUUAUCGGAGGAUGUUUUCCACUGUCUCAAAUAUUAAGAGAUUAUGUUUUUUUUUUUACAGGAAAAGAUCAAGCGCAUUCAGCAGAUUCGGAUGGAGAAGGAACUCAGGGCGCAGCAAAUUUUGGAGGUACAGAAUCUGAUCCAACAGCACCUCUGAUUAAGCAGAACAUUCCUGGAUAGCUUCAGCCCCUCAGUCUAUAGUGUUUUAAUCUUCCUAAAGCUCAUUACUGAACAGCAGCAUGCAUUGGAGGGAGUUGCGUCUUCUUAGGCAUAAUUCCACAUGGAACUAAUGCUAAAUUGGUCUUGGUUGACGGCUGUUGAAUAUUAAAAUGGCUGUUGCUGCCUCUUCAGACCUUAUUUAAAUUGGACAGAAAAGUCUUUUUUUUUCAUCAGACAACAGUAACAGUUUAGCAUAAGUGGGUCGAGGAAAAAAAAGGUGCUGUUUUCUGCACACACAAACACACAUGCAAAGAUGCAGGAACACAUACACACACAUACACACACGUUUCAGGCACACACAAUUAUGCUGCAGGAGCUUCAAAGUGUUUUAGCAGGACUAAAUCAAUUUUGAGUUGACACGGUUGACAAGCCACUCUUAACGGGAGGCUUCAACAUAUUCACAAUUAGGUGUUAAAGAGAUACAUUAUUCAUUCACUGUGUUUUACAAAUUUCACCGGCAUUCAGAAGCAUAAAAUCUUUGCUCAAACCAGAAAACUGCAAACAAUCAGUUAAAGUGCAGCAAAGCCCUCAUCCAAGACUGAUUGAUGUGUGUCUGUCUCGGUGAUUCUUGACCUUCAUCUUUAUUCAUAGGCCAAACGCAAAAAGAAGCAAGAGGCAGCCAAUGCCAAAAUACUGGAGGCUGAAAAACGGUUGAAGGUAUGUUUGUAUCUUUUGAAUAAAAACCCUCGGAAAAGAUUUAAAACUCCAGUUAGCGUCACCUUUGAACACACGUGGAAAGGUUCCUUUUUAGAUCAACUGUCACAUGAAUCAGAUAAGUUCAUGCUCAAAAGGUAGUUUGCAGUAAAAUUAGAGCAGUCUUCUCAAAGGAGUUGAAAUUUCAUCCUUCUGCAGUGAUUUCUUUUAAUGAUAUCGGGACAAUGGAAGUGUAUUGAUUUUUCCCUCUGUCUUCCUUUCUUUUACUUUAAGGAGAAAGAGUUGAGGAGACAGCAGGCAGAAAUACUCAAACACCAGGUAAGGAUUCGCUGCUACCUGUUACAAUAAACCAUUUACAUCUAACUUGACUUUAAUAGGAAUUUCAAAGUGUGUAUGAGCGAGUGAAAGUGUAUUUCUGGAUCUUUAGGCAUGUGUGAGAGUGAAUGAAUGUGGUUAAUUACCAGCCAUCUUUUUAUUGAUAGUCUUCAGUGUUUCUCUUAAUUAAACGCCAUGCUUAUUGGUAUUGGUUAUGACUUCUGUUCCAUAAUAUUUUGCCAACUCUCUCUGCCAGGAGUUGGAGAGGCAUAGACUAGAUAUGGUAUGGGUAUGUUUAUUUUUGUACAUCUAACACCUGCAUCGUGUAACUGGUUGUGUUAUGGUUGUCAUAGCAAUGCAUUAAGUGUAGCACUGGCUGCUGUCAUACUACAUUCUUCUGCAUGGCUUUCCAGCAAAACCAACAAAAGAGAAAAAAAAAAAAAAGAGUCAGUAUGCUGCCUCCAUCUGCUCGUCCUGAGGGACAACUGACCCUGUCACGGUGGCCAGGCAGCUUCUGUCCCCCCCCCCUACCCCCAAUCCCUCCCCCUCUCUUCUACUCAGAAUGCAUUGCAAAGACUGCUAGCCAAUCCACACUCACUGUCUGAAAGUGCACUCGAGGAGUUUCCAUCCAUCACAUACGUUGUCUAACUGUUGUAUUGGAGUAGCCUGUGUUACCCAUGAGUGCUUGACGAUUUUUUUGGCCCAGACAUUGCGCUUGUGUCCGUUCGUCCGUGCAUCUGCUCUGCAGUCCGCAGAGUGCUGGACUUUAACCUGCCCCAUCCCAGCCUCUCUGUCAUUCACUGUUCCUGCACUCUGCACAAAGAAUGAAAACAGCUACUGAGAAUCUUUUUGUCUCUAUGGUGGAGAUAUUUCCAGAUAUGAACGGUUUAAAAAGGGGUAGCCUGUGCUUUACAAAAAAAAAAAAAAGAUAUAAAAAAUCAAAACGAUUAAAAACAGUAUGAAAACAACACUAUUAAUUCCACCUUGGGGACAAAUAUGGUUCUUUGUAGCAUUUUUUUUGGCCUGGCUGUCUUGCUUGAAGCCCUUCUCACUCAAACACAGUCGCAGCUGAAUCUACAAGUCUGCCUAUCUGUUUCAGACUCACAGUGAGCUGAUUGUUUCCUCUUCCACUUGUCCUUCCCUUAAAAUGGGGACAGAGAGAUACAUGAAUUAAUUCUGGUAUCUGUGCUUGUCAUGUGCAGUUUUAUUAGGUUUGAUUUACUGCGAUUUUUUUUAUCACAAUCCCCCUCAACAUGUCCAGUGAAUUGGGAAUCGAGAAAAAAAAUUGAAUGCCACAGGUUUUAUGUCCCUUUGAGCUUGUUCCUUUUGAAGUUUUUCAUUUGUAGAUAAACCAAACCAAUGAGGACGUAGAAAUAUUGUAGCAGAGAGCUUGGCAUGUAGCCUGUUUUGUUUAUCACACUGACAGAACAAUCCUCACAAACAGAAUUUUUUUUUUUUUGUUGGGAAUGUCCUUGGCAAGCCCUAAUAGUGGCAAUUGUGUGUUUCUGUUGGAUCACAGAGGGAAUGACAGGCUGAUACAGUGGAGCAGGAAACCUAAAGAGAUCAAAUGAAAUGAUAGUCAGUCAGCAGUGAUUCCUGUGCCCUUUUGCAGUAGACUGUGUAUCAUGCACCAAAGAACAACAUAGAUGUCUCAUCCCUCAGCAGUCACAUACUGUGCUAAUACCUAAGCUGCCAAAGCCACUGAAGUGGAUCUGCUCUGUUUGUAACUAUCCUUAACCAUCCGUUUGUAUUUGUCGUCCCCACACCAAAUAUUAUGAGAGUGAUGUGACAAAUAAACAUAAGAAUUGACUCAUGUAAUAGCAGAAUUUAUAAUUUUAUUGUACAACAAUGUGGCAUAUCAGAGGACUUCUGGCAACCAGCAUUUUGUUGCUUUUGUUGUGUCAGCUUUAGUUUAGAGGCGCCGUCACCGAUUCCAGCUGCUUCUCUUUUUUGAGCCUGUCAUCACAUCUACUUUGUAUCGCAUCUAUGUGUCGCUUUUUGGUUGUCAUCGUACUACUGUACUCUUCACUUAUGCUUCAACCAUACAUGUGAAAGUGUAAACAUGUGAAGCAUCUCUUUGUGUUUGUUUAAGUAUGGUACCUCUAUUGAAUUGAAUACAUCAAAAUUCUACAUUAAUGCAUUUUUCUAAAUUUAGUCGACCUUGACUGCUGUAUAUGCGUCAUGUGCUUGUUAAUGUGCCUCUGUUUUUGCCUCUCUAGGAGAGGGAGAGGAGGAGACAACAUGUAAUGCUGAUGAAGGCUGUUGAGGCUCGCAAGAAGGCUGAGGUAGUCCAUAUGCACACAAAUGAAUGCAGAAGUACACACACAGUCCACUUCAUGAAAAGUCAUUAUUCCCUGGAUGGAUUCCUGCUUUCUCUUCUUUUUGUGCGCUCUUUCCCUCCAUUUAUUAUUUUUUUCUACACACUUACCAAGUCAAAAGAUUCUGGCCCUCAAGCACUUUUUCUUUGAAUGCACAGCAGCAUUAGGCUGAAUUCUAAUACUGCUCAACAAAGUCAAGUAAACCUUCUUGUCUGUUUUCACACAAACAUACACAUACACACACACACACGCACUCACACACUUUGCUUCACUAAUGCUCCCUUGAAUUUUGGAACUCUCCAGGAGCGUGAGCGCUUGCGGCAGGAGAAAAGAGAUGAGAAGCGCCUGAACAAAGAGCGUAAACUGGAGCAACGCAGGCUGGAGCUGGAGAUAGCGAGGGAGCUGAAGAAGCCAAACGAAGACAUGUGUCUGUCUGAUCACAAGGUAGUUAAGAUAAUUGUUCAUUUGGUCAAUGAGGUGAAUGAAGACUCUCAAUUUCUUUCCGGUUGAAUUUUGUUCGUGGGUUAAGAGGAACAUGAUGACUGAGUGAAAACUUGAGCCCUUAAAAUGAUAAGAGUUAUCAUUAGAUAGUUUGAUAUCUCUCGAGGGUCAAUAAUCUUUACAAGACCUCGUGGUGGAGAGGAUUUUUAAAUGCAGAGAAGUGAGCCCCCAAGUGGUUCAAAACAGUACUGCAUUGUGUGGAAAAUAAGUGUCUAUUACUAUUAAUUGGAAAACACCAUCUUGAUAACAGGCAACAGAUGUGUAAUAUAAUGAAAGCUUUAUCAUCACUUAACUCAUAAUUUUCUGUAUCCCAAAUUAAACUGAAUUAUUCUCACACAGUAAUUCUUACUCUAACAACAGCAGCAGCUAACAGUGCUAACUCAACACUUUCCCUUUUCAAGUCUCUCCCCGACUUCUCCCGGAUUCCUGGACUCAUCCUCCCAGGCCGUGCCGUGUCAGACUGCCUGAUGCUGAUGCAGUUUUUGCGAGGCUUCGGGAAGGUUUUGGGGCUUGAUCUGAAUUCAGAUGUGCCCACCCUGGGCAUGCUGCAGGAGGGGUUGCUUAAUGUGGGCGACAGCAUGGGCCAAGUCCAAGACCUCCUGGUCAAACUACUGUCACUAGCUGUGUGUGACCCUGGUCUGCCACCUGGACAAAAGGUGAGUUUUUGAAAGUGCAGUUUCAAAGAAUGUACUUGGAAUAGUUUGAAACCAGACUAUCAACUUUGCAACUAUGGAUAGGUCUAUAAAGCAUUUUAAAAAUCUGUUUUGGAGUCAUAUUCUUACUUCACAAGGGGUUUAUCUUUAAAAUGAUUACUUGUUAACAUCUGUCCUCUUCAUCCUGUCUUUCUCCUCAUCAGACCAAAACCAUGUUGGGAGACCACUUGACCAAUGUUGGCAUCAACAGGGAUAAUGUAUCUGAGGUGCUACAGAUGUACAUGGGAGCCCAUUGUGCCAAUACAGAGCUGGCCCCUCUGGCCCUCAGUCUGAAGACCAAGGCCUUCCAGGCUCACACGCCUGCCCAGAAGGCCUCCAUCUUGGGCUUUCUAGCCAACGAGCUGGCCUGCAGCAAAAGUGUCAUAAGGUAAGAUGAGCCACCACCUCAUAUACUUCAGGGCAGUGGCAUUUGUUUGGAAAGUUUGCUAUACUUCAUCCACCUCUAAACUGAAAAACAUUGAAUGAAAUAAAUCCAGCAUAGCAGCUGAGAGAGAACGUAUUUAUUUACUGCAAAACUCCAGAUAGUCAUUUUAAUUGCGGGUUUUAUUGAUGCUACUAAAACCACUUAUUGAAGCUGCAGUGGGGGGCAGUAAUUUGCUGCAGUGUGUUAUUGUCGUUAGAAUAGUUAUCCAAGUAUAAAUCUGUGCUUCAGAAUACCAGUCUAUUUAAAAGUUUCUCUUUGACCAUGUGUAGAUUCCUGCCUUACUGAGAUUAAAUCCUUUACUAUUUAUAUGCCAUUACUGUUUGAAUAGAAAAAACAUGGAUGUUUGUACGUUGGCAUAACUUGAACUAACAGGAUUGAACUCCCUGUUGCAGUGAGAUUGACAAGAGCCUGGAUCAGAUGGCAAACAUGAGGAAGGACAAGAUCAUCAUGGAGGGAAAACUGAAGAAGUAAGUCCUCUUCAGGCCUAAAAGGUGAUGUUUUCGUUCUCCGUAACGGUAUCCUGCUAAACUUGUGCGUGUGUUUCUGCAGGCUGAGGACCAUUUACGCCAAACGUACUGGGAAGAGGGAGGCGAGUAUGGGAGUGGAGGAGAACCAGUCCGUUUGCACUCCGUCCUCUGCCACCAAACGCAAGAGGAAACUUGGUGGAGACAGUGAUGACGAUGACGACGACGAUGAUGACAGCGAUGACCAGGCUGAGGAUGAUGAGGAUGAGGAGGAGGAAGAAAUAAAGAAGGUCAAAAAAGUGGAGACCUAUGAUGAGGUACGAAAAAAAUCAAAAGAUCAAAAUCACCUCUGAGACUUCAGCUCACAGACGCUGACUGUCUUUGAUUUGUUUUUACAGGAUGAAGUUGACCAAGCCACCAGUCUGGAGGAACUAGAGAAGCAGAUUGAGAAACUAGCCAAGGUGUGUAAUUUUGAUAAUUUACACAGCUUUGGAAAAUGAAUGACACUGAUGAAGUGUGACAAAAAAUGAGACAGACACAAAGACGGAAAACAUCUUUUAGGGCUGCAGUUAUCAAGAGGGAAACCACAGAGAGAUGGAGUGUCGUCAGGCUGUGCAGAACUUGCCCAUAUUCUAAUGAUGUUUUUCUUUUAUUACUUACAUGCAGUGUGUAAGCCACACGUCAUAUGCACUCUUGUAAACUGCUCUAAUAUGAAAAACUGAUUUUCAUAAAACAGCUACAGCCUCUAACUCUUUUACUGUACACUGUUCAUUAAAAACAAUCAUAUGUUUUGCACGUUUUACGAGCAUGUGUGCUGACAAGGGGCUAUUUGCUAAUGAAGGCAUUAAUUAGCUUAAUUAAUUACCUCAUUAGCAUAGUAUGUAAUGCUUAAUAUAUCACUGUGAUUACAAAAGGACCGUACAUUGCAACGGUGUCGUUUGUUUUCCUGAAGGUCUGUAGAUAAAAGUGAUGCAUUAAAAUCACCGAGUGUGUUUUGCACCAUUGCAGCAACAUCAUCAAACAAGGAGAAAGCUGUUUGAGAUUUCCCAUUCUCUGCGGUCCAUGAUGUAUGGUCAGGACCGCUACCGCCGCCGGUAUUGGGUACUUCCGCACUGUGGUGGAGUCUUCAUUGAAGCAAUGGAGAGUGGAGAAGGUAUUUGCAGCUCAGCACACACUCAAAGACUUUGAAGAAUUUUGUCAGUUUGUAUUCCUGGGUGCUCCAACUUGCUAAAUAUCUAGAAGAAACAAAUCAUACUUAGAAAUGGUGAAUAUUGUUGUUACGCAGCAUGUUCAGCUCUUUUUAGAAAUGCUAAUGUUGUUCUGAUUUAUCUUAAUUUGUAAGACUAAUUUAAUAUUGCAUCUUUGAGUGAUAAUACAGUCUCACGCAAGCAUACUUAUCUCAGUUCACAGUUAAAUCUUAUGCACAGCAGUGGAGUGUCAUCCAUGCUAACCAUCUCAUUUCCCUGCAGCUCCAGAGGAACUGGAGGAGGAGCGACAGAGGAGGAGAAGGGCUGCAGAGGAGGUCAAGGUGAAAGAGGAACCUCAGGAGAUUGAGGUGCAGAAGGACAAAUCCACCAACCUGGAUGGGCAGAGCACUCGAACAGAAGGCUUGGAGCAACCGAGAGAGGAGGACAAGGAGCACGAGAAGAAAAACUCCCCGACUCUUUUCUACCAGCAGCCAGGCGGUGUUUCCAAGCUGUGCACUUUCCGGGACAUGAGUGAGGACAUUGACAAAGAAACGGUGAAAGCAGAGGACAAAGAGAGUCCUCGUGUGAGGCAAAACAGCAGCCCUGUAGGGACUCCUGUUUCCAAGACCACAAAAGCAUCAUCCUCCCCCAACCACAAUACCUGUGAGCCAGCAGUAGCAGCAACCCCCUCCUCGGUGAUCAGUAAUGACUUUACAAACGUCCCUCCCCCAGCCUCAACUUCACUCUCUGUCCCUUGUCUCCCCGCUCCACGUGAAAGCCCAGGUAACACUCCUCCAACCUCUUCCCCUGCUCCAUCUCCACACCUCGCAUUCCAGGCAAACGACCAGCUGCUCCGAGUGCUGACAGAGAAGAGCGGGCACUGGUUUAGCCUGCUCCCUCGUAAUCCAUGCGACCUCGCCUCCCUUGCCACGACUCCUCCAGGAGCGGCCCGCGUGUCUCCCCAGGCGUCCUCCACGCCAGCAAGGCCCAGAUCCCCGCCUCCAUCCCCUGCUCUGCCACUCACUCCUUCUGCUGCCUCAGCCUCUGCCAGCCCACACCACCCAGCCGGCCUCCUUAACUACCCGCUAUCAGCCUUACAGGUGAGACAGGAUCCAAAGACAGUUGGCUUUUUGUCUCAACAGUUAUUUUUGCUAUGUCAGUAUUUACCUGCACCGCCCUCAUUCGUUUGUUCUCCCUUUUGUUCUACGAAGGUGAAGUCAGGUGGUUCUUUGUUAGGAGUUUCUUUUGGAAGCUGGCCCAGCGGCAUGUUAAGUCCCAGCUUACCCAUGUGCAGCAGCCCCAGUCCCAUGCCAGGUCACUCCCUGGAGAGCAACACAGCAGCAAGCGUUUCCAGUAAGAGUGAAUCACCUUUACCUCGUAUUGAGAAAACCUCAGCCAUGCACUCUCCUGCCCUGGAGAUGCCCAAAUCCCUGGACCACCCAACACCUCGACCUAUCCCAGAGGGUGAGUCACAGAGAGAGAGAAGGGAAUAAAUAAACAUUUGAGUGUGCAUAAAGAGGUCAUAAUCAACACCUUUUCCAUGUGAGAGGAAUUCACCUGACUGAAAAGAUUUCAUUUGCCUGAAUAAUCCAAUAUAAUUGGAUUAGGGAAUGUUCCGUUCUGCUCGACGCAAUUUCAUUUGUUUGUAACACAGCUGAAUGAAUUGUCUUUUUUCUUACAGUGAUACAUUUUCACUGUUCCCUAGCUCAUACACCUGUUUGCGUUCAUUGUCUCAGAGAUGCUGACAGGGUGGUGGCGGGUGUCUGACAUCGAGGAGCUGAGGGCUCUGGUGAACGCUCUCCACAGCAGAGGCAUCAGAGAGAAGGGUCUCCAGAGGCAGAUUCAGAAAUACAUGGAGAUCAUCCCCCAGGUCUGCACUAAACACAGAGACGGUAAGUGUCUCAUCACUUCUUCUGAGGAAAUAAUCUCUCUCUAAAGCUUGGAUUUGGUUGCCAGAUUGAACCCUGUUAGAUAUUAGAAUAAUCAGGGAACUGUUAUAGAGGGUGCUAUUCGGUGGCUGGAUUGUUUAUUGCAAGAAGAAAGGAUUUUUGACUUAACAAACACAACCAAAUGUUUUUUUUAUUAUUAUUUUCUAUGUUUGACUGCAGUGCUCUUGUGUUCACCAGCAUCAGUCAGUGUGUAAGUGUACAUUAAUUGCCAACGUGUGUCUGUUUUGUUGUCCAUCCAGUGGCUAUGAUCGAGCUGCAUGAGCUGGAGGAGAGCCAGGUCAGUGUGGAAUCUGUGCGGGGCUGGUGUGUGGAGGAGCAGGCGAUGGAGAUGGACAUCGCCAUGCUGCAGCAGGUUGAGGAACUGGAGAGGAAGGUCACUGCAGCCAGCCUGCAAGUCAAGGUAAAACACUAAAACAGAAACAAACGCAGUUCAGUAGGAGAGUACAGAUAUUUUCAAAGUUCUUAUGAGAUCAAAAUACAUUUUUGAGAACUUCAUUUUAGAUACAUAAUUAGCAAAUACAAACCCACACACCAACAAGGGCCCAAUACGUAAAGUUAUUUUAUAGAUAUUAAUUAAAUUCAAAGGUGUUUGUUUCAUAUUCUGUAGCAGACACUCAGUUGCAUCCAAUACAAGACUAUUUUAAAUCUUAUUUCUUUUACAUAUGACACUUAAAGCCUGAUAUGAAGUUAGAUUAGUUAUUUGGUUAUGAUUCUGGUUGUUUUUGAUCAUUCACAAAUGUAGAGCUGUUGGCUGCUUUGGUUAUCUGGCUGCUGUAUGUUCCAUGAAAUAAAAGCCACAAGUCCCUCCCUGGCUUCCUGCCGUGAAAGGAGAAAUGAAAGUACCCAGAGCCACUUUGAACAGCACUUAAACACUUUAGAAACUAUGUUUUCAUGGGAAUUUGAAGCUAGUGGACAUAUGUCAGAAUACUGAUCAGCUGAUUGCCCCCAGCAGGGCUGGACAUUCCCGGACCCUCAGUCCGAGCGAGAGGACCUGGUGUACUUCGAGCACAAGCCCCCCACCAAAUCGACGCCAUCCUCAGCAAGCGGGGGUGACAAGGACUCCAAGGAUUCCAAGGAGCACUCAGAAGAGCGGGGGGAGAAGGGCGGGGUGAUGCGUCACCCGGACAACCCGCUGGACAUAGCAGUGACACGUCUGACUGAUCUGGAGCGCAACAUCGAGAGAAGGUACCUGAGGAGUCCCUUAGGUACCACCAUUCAGAUCAGACUGGAUAAUGUGGGUACGGUCACUGUCCCUGCCCCCGCCCCAUCCACUAGUGCUGACAGGGAAGGGUAGGUCAUUUCUCCAACCAAAGCUCCCCCCCCUCUCCCACUAAGAGCCUUUCCUCUCUCUCUGUGUGCUUCAUGUUUCCCAUAUGACUCAAAAAGUGAGGUGGGAUCCACUUUGCUGCUUUCAUAGCAGACUUGUGUUGCAUUUUUGUUCAUUUCUUUGGUCUUGUGCAGUUUUUGGGUGGGGUGGGGGGUGACUCCACUCAGCUUCAUCGUUUACUGUUUUUGUUCUGCAGUCAUCUGCAUGGUGUGCAUCUCUGUCACCUUGGUUUUUGGCAUACUUUUGGCUCCCUCUAUACAGCAUACACUUACACAGGUUUACUCCUUCACUCUCUCUGCAUGAUCGUCCCCUCAACAUAACAAAAUCAGUGUGUACCUCUCCCCAGUGCCCCACUCCCCGAAAAGUCCUUAUGCCUCUCUCUGCUCAGCUGGAGCUCUAUGGUCUGCUGUCCUCUUGGCGGCUGGUUCAACUGAUACAGUUUACUGCUUUGUCUAAUAGUAAAUGGGCCCAAUUAUUCAAGCAUAUGUGUGCAAUUUUGUUUCUCAUCAUUCUUCUUCAUUUUCUUUUAGUGGGGAGGAGGAGGUGGCCCAUGGUAUGAAGGUGUGGAGGAAGGCCCUGAGUGAAGUGCGCAGUGCAGCCCAGUUAGCCAUGUGUAUUCAGCAACUGCAAAAGUCCAUUGCCUGGGAGAGGUCCAUCAUGAAAGUGGUGAGCAGCAGAUAAAAACAAAUCACAGCCUGUUUCCAUACUGUUGGAUUAAAAAUUUAGAAAGGGAUUUUUUGGUUUUAUAUCAAUGAAUUUUCUUUUUGUAGUACUGUCAGAUGUGCAGGAAGGGGGACAACGAGGAUCUCCUCCUGCUGUGUGAUGGCUGUGACAAAGGCUGCCACACUUACUGUCAUAAACCCAAGAUCACCAGUAUCCCUGAGGGAGACUGGUACUGCCCGGCCUGCAUAUCCAAGGUAUGAGGGGCAUUUUAGGUGCCGCUGUUAACCCGACCAUGAAUUUGUGCGUGUAAUACAAGGAAUUGACAUUCACAGAGUGGUCUGCAAAAAUAGUUUUUGAAAUAAAAAAAAGUCUCCAUUUUAAAAGCAGACACUUUACCGUCACAGUAUUUGCUAUCUGUCUGAAAUAAGUAUUUACGAGAAUACCUGAUACUGUGUUUUCAACAACUGUAAAGAUUAUACAUUCAACCAUAACUUUUAUCACUUGCUCUGCAACAUUUAAUGUCUGCUGCAUAAAUUUGCCCUUUCUCCCAUUAGGAGAUGCCAUUAAACUAUAAACAAUAGAUCUAUUUCAUGGUUUCCCCAAUGCUUUCAGAUUUUUUAGAGACUAUGUACUGGAGGUGAAAAUAAAUCGCAAACAUUAUUUUGCCACAAUACUUGGAGUUUUGAGUACACCCAUGAGAUCCUAUUGAUUACUCUUUGCAGGCAAGUGGUCCAUCCCCCAAAAGCAAAAAACCUCCAAGCAAACAAGUAGCAUCCAGUGGAGGUGGAGGAGGAGGAGGUGGUGCAGGAGGCGGUGGAGGAGGAGGAGGAGCAGGAGGAGGAGGAGGAGGUAAGAAAGGUGGAGAGGCAAAGAAGAAUGGGAAGCAGGCAGGUAACGGAGAAGUGUCUGAGGACGACCCGGCCAGCGCCAGCAGCACGCCCAAGAAAGGAGCGAAAGACACAAGCAGGAAGAGGAAAACAGAGGAGAGUUCACCUGCUCAGCCAGCAGCCAAUCAGGAGAGCCCUGUGUGCGUGAAGCGAGCCAAGACUGCUCGAGACAACAACAGGGACCUGGGAUUAUGCAGGUAUGUGUCUCGGCUUGCUCAUACUCGUCGCUCUGUUAAAGGCUUUAUUGAAAACAGCAUUCUCCUAGACGGAUGUACAGAAGCUGAGCUCUAUUGAGAGAGAUCUUUACUUUGUCAAAAAUAAGAUAAGAAUUCUGCCCUUUUCCUCCUCUAAACAAUCUGUUAUGAUCAUGUUAACCAUGGACCCAUUUAUUAGUACUUGAUUGUUCGUUAAUUUUAACACAAACUUAGUACAAACUUGAGGCAUUGUUUUGGGCUUCUUGGAGGCACUAAAAGAAAGCUUUUUGUUUCAUUUGAGGUUAAGAAACUCAGUUUUGUCAUGUUUGGCAGCACCCAUUACUCUAAGUGUGUUUUUGUACCUCUGUUGUUAAAAUACUUUUCACACAACCUUAUCAGAAGAAGAAGAAUUACCGUCGCCUCAUGCAGAAGUGAACUGAAGUAGUCGUUUGUGCUCUUUGUGAAUGAAAUGCGUCACCGACUUUGAGUCUUUUUCCUAGAACGUAAACACUCACUCUUACAAAACAGUGAAUUUAAGGACAUGAUUUCCAUCAGUGGUCCUUUUAAUGUACUGUUUAUGAGCUAAAUUAUAAUUUUGUGUUAUAAUGUGGUAUGAUGAUAACAAACAUUUAUCGAAGUAAGGGAUAGAAUUAGGGUUUUAUAUAUUCAGUAUUUCUGUGAGUCAGUGGUACAAUCUUAGCAAAUAGCAACCAUAUGAUUUCUGUUAAGUUGUGUUUGUGUCCACCACAUGUACUGUGUGUGUUUAUCAGAAAUACUUCAUGUCUGUACAUCUGUUUAUGGUGUCUGCCACCUGCAGAGGGGUCGAUUAAAACCUCCACAAACUUGAGCAUGACAAAACAGUUCCACACUGCAGCCCACUAAUCAAUGAUGAUAAAACUAAAAUCAUGAGCGUAGAGAGGAAAAGCACUGCAGAGUUGGUUGAUACAUUUCUUUUUGUUUCUUGUACAAUGUAUUUGAUUUUUAAUUCAACUUCAGGUGGAAGGAAUGAUACACUGAGAAAAACUUGAAACUCAAAGUGACAUCCGAGGCUUUUUCCAUGACCAUCAGAUUUCCUUCUCUGUGUCAACAGGGUUCUCCUUGCUGAGCUGGAGCGGCAUCAGGAUGCAUGGCCUUUCCUCACACCCGUCAACCUGAAAUCGGUCCCUGGUUACAAGAAGGUCAUCAAGAAACCGAUGGACUUCUCCACCAUACGUGAGAAGCUUGUGAGCAGCCAGUGAGUUCCCUUUCAAUUCUCUUCCUUCUUUUUCUACGGAAAUCCUUUAGGACCCUUCGUUCAGAACAUAGAGUCAGAGAGGUGUUUUUUUUCUUGAAGAUAAAAAAAGUUUAGGUUUACAGCAGAAUGAAAUGUUUCAGCUGUAUGUAAGUUCCACUCCAACACCUUAAGACUGUGUUUUUUGUAAUUACAGGUAUCAAAACCUGGAGACUUUCAUCAUUGAUGUCAACUUGGUCUUUGAUAACUGUGAAAAAUUCAAUGAAGACAAUUCAGACAUUGGUCGAGCUGGUCAUAACAUGAGGAAGUUCUUUGAGAAGCGCUGGACUGAGCUUCUGAAACAAACAAACUAAAAGUCUGUUCAGAUUUUCCCCAUAAAACCCAUCCAGCGUCGGAUAUCGGAGGAGCAGGUUUUUAUUUUUGUUUUUAUUUCCUGAUGGAGAAUUCGGCCGUGAGUGAUGGAAGAAGAAGAAGAAGACAAAUCUUAAAUAAGGAACCCAUUAUGUGCUUCGGAGAGAUGUCACCUUGAAAAAAAACAAACAAGUCGUUACAUGAGGCGCGCUGGAUUUUAUUACAACAGGGAUAAAAGCCCCAAAGAGUCCCAGAGAAAUGGGGUGUCGUAGUGCAAUACCAUUCCCUGUCUCAGAACACUGCACUGAAUUAAUCCUCAACUAUCACUGAUGUGUCUGCGCUAGAAUACUUUCCACUACCUGUAAAUAGUCUUUUGUUAUUUAAUCGUAUUAUAGUGAAUGUAUUUAAUUUUGUAAUAAUUAUUUAUGAAUCAAGGUCCACUUCAUUUUCUAUGAAAAGGAAGAAUCAGCUGAACUGCUUUGAAUUAAAAAAAGGAAUGUGUCUUUGUGUUAUAAUUUUCUCCCAAAUAUCAAACAAAGCCAAGAAAAAAAAAACUGUUUACACUGUUCAGUGCUUUGAGGCAUCAGAGGACUGUAUUCAUUUAUUCAAACUGUAAAACUGCAUUUAUUUACAGGAACAGCAGAGGAACAGUCAGACAAUUGUGAUUCAUGUGUAUAUACUGUUUAUUAAUGUCAAUAUUAUGUCUUGUUUGGAACGAUGUGUAAAAAUUGUUUAAGAAUAUUAAGAUAUUGUUUAUGCCUUAGAAUGAUUGUAGCAUUCUAUUUUAGUGAACGUGAUGAAAACAUUAUCAUAAAUAUUGUUUGUACAGUAUAUACAUAUCCUCUGCAAACACUGUGGUAUCCUUAAUCUUGGUAGUGCCUACCCUUCCAACAGGGGCAUGUAGGGGAUGUUAUUGUUUUUAGUUUUCAUUCUUAUGACGAUAUUUUUUUAUAUGAUUUCAAUCCAACAAGGCCUCCAAAGUUGGACAGUGACACAGAAAUCAUUCCUCACCAUAGAAGAAAAAGAAGAAGAAGAAAAAAAGGAACAAGCAUUUGGUUAUGCUUCCAUGAUGCAUUUCCUUGUAAUCUGCCACAAUACAGAGGACCUAAGGCCAUUUGUAACCACUGUGUUGAACCUUGCUGUGUGUUGUGGCCUGAUGGAGGCAGCUAGAUUUUUUUGUACCCAAGUCAAGAGUACUUGAAGUUACUUUAUUUAAGAUAUUGUGGAAUAAAAGUAUCAUUCUUUUGUAGGAGCUUUAUUUUUCACUAGUGUGUGGCACGGACCUAUUAAAAGGAUGUUUUUCAACGUAAA